CGCUGCAUUGUGGGACACAAACAAACUGAUGCGUUUUACUCCUCUUCGCCCCCCGCCACUGGGAAGUGGGAGAUUCCGAGCGCCUGGGCCUGUGCGCGCGGCUGCCCGGGGACACGCAGGCAAAGCACGGAGCGCACCAACUGCCGGCGGGAGAGGGGGGUCAGCCGGGGAGUGAGCGACGAAGGCGCGACCCUCAAGCUCCGGGGAGAUUUCUGUUCGGACUCUGGGAUCGGCGGCCUGUGCUUCCCUCCGAGCGCUUCUUACCGGGCCGCUAGGCCGCACGGAGACCGCCAGGUCAGUUAUACUGCGUGUGACAGGCCGGGUUUCCCGCCCUGCUGCUCCAUCCCAGAGCUCCAUCCUAGAGCUCCCUGUGCCGAUUGGAGGGUUUAAAUACCGGCCCCCUCCCCUAAUUACAGCCCCCUCCCCUAAUUACUGCCCCUCCCCUAGUACAGCCCCUCCCCCUCGCAACCUGCCCCUCCCCUAAUUUACAGCCCCUCCCCUAGUACAGCCCUCCCCCUCACAACCUGCCCCCUCCCUAAUUACAGCCCCUCCCCCUCCUUCCUGCCCCUCCCCUAAUUACAGCCCCUCCCCUCAUAAUCUGCCCCCCUCCCCUAGUGCAGCCUCCCCCUCCUUAACCUGCCUCCCCCUCAUGGCCUCACUAGCCAUAACCCCCCUCCCCUAAUUACAGCACCUCCCCCUCAUAACCUGCCCCCUCCCUAAUUGCAACCCCUCAUGGCCUGCCCCUCCCCUAAUUGCCCCUCAUAGCCUGCCUCCCUAAUUACAGCCUCCCCCUCACCAACCUGCCCCUCCCUAAUUACUGGCCUCAUAGCCUGCCCCCUCCCUAAUUACAGCCCCCCCUCCCCUCAUAGCCACUGCCCCCUCCCCUAGUUACAGCCCCCUCGCAGCCUGCCCCUCCCCUAAUUACAGCCCCUCAUAGCCUGCCCCCUCCCUAAUUGGCCCACAUCCCCUGCAUGUGCCCCUCCCCUAAUUACAGCCCCCCCCUCCCCCUCCUGCCUACCCCCCUCCCCUAAUUACAGCCCCCUCCCCCUCAUAGCCUGCCCCUCCCUAGUGACCUCCCCUCAUAACCUGCCCCUCCCCCCUCACCCAACCUGCCCCCUCCCCUAGUACAGUCUCCUCCCCUAAUUACAGCCCCCUCCCCUUAUAACCUGCCCCCUCCCCUCAUUACUGCCCCCUUUCCUAAUAAACCUGCUUGCCUCCCAUAUUACAGCUCCCCUUAUGUACACCGUCUCCCCAUAAUUUACAUUUCCCCCAUAUAACCUGCUCCAUCCCCUCUAUCUCACACCCUGCACUCCCCCAUCACCAACUCCCUACCUCAUAACCUGUCCCUCCCCUCAUUACCAGCCCCUCCACAAUGGAAUUUCACAUAUGUAGCCUUACCUGACUCUCCUAUUCUCCCUACUUGACUUAUCUGCUCCCUCACCUACCUCUCAACAUGAGCUCUUGUACCCUUCCCUCCCCGUACACAACCUCCCUUGUGUUAACACUGCCACCUUCCCGGUACCUAACUCCCUACUUGUAUCUCGCUCCUCACUCUUUACCUAUCCUUUCCCCUGCCUGUCCAUUCUAUCUUUACCUGAGUCAGUCAUUAUGUCCCAUAUUAGUUCUUGGCCUUUUAUCUGACCUCUCCCUAUAGCUGUCCCUCCCCUUAAUUAUCCAUUUUACUUGCCACUUCCCCCUUACUGCCAUACUGACCCGUCACCUGUACGUAACUUUUUCCCCUUUACCACCCCUGUCAUUAACCUAUCCCGUUAUGUGACACCUGGCCUCCUUCUUUUAUUUAACUGCCUAGUGUACAAGACCCAUUCCCUAGUUAUUUUUGUUUCCCCUUUGCAAAAAAUGGACUCCACUUAGGCUUGACAAACUGUUCUGAAUCUGUAAAAUGAUCUGUGACCUGUUCUUAUAACUAAAAUAUGAUAUAUUCCUUUAAAAAAAGCACAUUAAACUCCUCCAAGUGUUAUGUGGGACUCCAUUGUGCUGGGGAACCUAAAGGAAGCAAUUAAUUGUGGGUUCUGGUGACAAUAAGUACUUGCAAUUCUAAGCAUUGGGAUGCAACUGCCAUGGAGAACCAAUUUUGCGUCAUGACCUGGUCUUAGCCAUUGUCCUGAUCUAUUAUUUUGUUUAAACAUCCUAUAUAAUAUAUAAUUUUGAUACACUUCUAAAUAUUAACAUGUGUGCAUAUAUAUUUAUACAUUGAGAGUUGGGAUCUAUAAAGGUAAAUAAUGGCAUAGUGGUUUAUCCUGUGUGACUGUGUUUUCCCUAGAGGUUUGCUGUGGCAUUAUCUUAUAACAUGAUUCCUUUUUAAAGUAGGGUUAGGUACACACUUAUACACAGACAAGCGUGUAUACAAGCAGCCUCGGGAGGUACAGUAUUUGCAAUGCCAGCAUGUUUCCUAAGAAAUGUGAUGUCACAAACCAUAUAAUAGGUCAUUUUGAAAUCAAGAUCUGCAAUGUAAUGUAGCAGACAGGAUAAUUAGGUUAUUAAUGUCUAAAUUAUAGUGAAUUAAAUCUGAAUUGCAAAACUAAAUAUUUGGACUAAAAAAGUGGGACUUUCAAAUGGGACCAACUUGGCCUGGGAAAGAAGGGGUCUUGAAAUAUCCAAACUGUGAAUAUAGCCGAGUUAGAAAUUUAUUUCAGCUAGCUAUUUAGUUUUAGUUUUUCUAUUUGGGUUUCAUUUGCUAAAUUUCAAAGUUAAAGGAUAACUAUAGUGCUGUUGUGGCUGAUCAUUUUACGAGCCCUGCUCCAAUUGCACUAAAAAAAUGUGAUUUUACUAACUUUUUCUCACAGGGGCUAGUUCCAGCUGUCUGAGUAACUGCCACUCGAUGUGUUACAUAUAUUUACUAAGAUGAAAAUUGUCAUGAAUUCAAAGUCGAUUUCAAACUUAAAGGGACACACUCCAGGCACAAAAACAACUUGAUUUAAAUGAAGUUAUUGUGCCAGGGAAUGGAAAAAAAUAUCCGAACUGGAAAACGUUCCCCCAGUCAGCUAUACAAUUUAAAUUAGCUUUGAAUUCCCUCCAAUUUCUUAUUUUGGGGAAUACCCCUGUAUAUAUUAGCAAGGUAUAAAUUUAUCAAAACCAAAUACUUUUUGACUUAACCAAAAACGUUGUGUAUAUAUUUCUGCAUGUGCAUUUACACAGGAUGGAGCAGUUUGUGUAUGUUCCUGUUUAAUUAAGAUAAACGUACGUCACACCCAUCAUUACAUGGACACUCCAGGCCUCUGAAGCACUUUGGAUUGCUGAACUGCUUUAUGUGUGAAGAGUGUGUCCUCCUUUUCUCAUUUUACGUAAAGUGCAGAUUUCAGUAGAAACUGACACUUUAUAUAUUACAAAAACACAGAAUAGGUGCGCACAAUAAUAAUAGAGUGGAAGGCAGAGGUGAGUCAGCAGGGAUUCUCAGACCUUUUUGUCACUUUAUAAAUUAACCUGGUUACACCCACUCUUGCUGUCAAUUAUACAAAGUCCUGUUACUUCCUGGUUGCUUCUCUCAGUGGAGCUAAACUCAAGAGGCAGCAAUUGUCCAGAGCAUCUGCCUUGUAAAUACUUCUCAUUGGGAAGCCUGUGAUUGGACAGCCACAGAAUGUCAGGGGGAGCUUGUAAAGCUGCUUUUCAAUAUAUAUCCAAUUUAAAAAAUGCACAAUUGAAUGCAUGUUAUCAUUGGGGGUAUAUCUGCUUGACAGUGGUUUUAUAUAUUUGCACAGUGGCAUGCCUCCUUAAAACUGUAAGAUAAAUGCCCUACAAAAUAGUAUUCUAUAGAUUGACUUUUAUUGCAAUGGGUGAAAAAAAAUGACACCGCAUUUGAUUCAAAUAGGGUACGGUGGACGCAUGGUGCUUUGUGUGUCCACUUUUUGCCUAAAGUGUAGCAUUCGGGAACACGUCAGAGAGGAUGCUGGGUGAAACACUGGUAAAUCUCGCAAUUCCUUGCACUGUACAGAUUACCUUAUUUGUAGAUUUAGUUGUGUUAUCUCUCCUGUUAAUCACAACAGAAUCCUUUUAAUAUGACUUUUUUUCCAUCAGCCCUCAGGUAAGCUACUCUCCAUAAUAACAAAACAUGUGGUGUUUAUCCACUAAACAGGGGACUUAACGCAGUGCUGUAACCUUCCCCCUCAUCCAAAAUGAGUAUUUCAGAAAGAUUAAAUGUUUAUGGAAUAUUCACAUUGACUUUGUUGGAAAUUCACUGAUAUUCCAACCCAAUCAAAAGAUGUACUUAGACAACAUAGGGACUACUUUGACUUAGUAUUUUUCCUAUGCUUUACAAAGCUUUCUAAAUGACUGAGCUGCCUUUUGCCAAGCGGAAACUGCUCUGUCUAUUGAGGUAUUCUCUUUAGACCUUAGUGUUGUACUCUCACACAUGCAGACCAGAAAGAAAAUAGAUGUCAAUAAGUAAAACUCAUCUUCCCCUGCAUUCUUUGCCCAAAGCUGGGCCACUGGAGCAGUUUUAAUUAGGGAUCGACCGAUUAUCGGUUUUACCGAUAUAAUCGGCCGAUAUUCAGUAUUUUCGGCAAUACCGAGUAUAACAGUACCCCUCAUGUACAGGUUUUAUGGUGUUUUCAAAAGUUAGAGUCAAAUAUAAGGCUUGCGUUUCAGUUGUUUCACAUAAAAAUUCGCCAGGUUGGUUAUGUUGCCUUUGAGACAGUACGGUAGCCCAGGAAUGAAAAUUACCCCCAUGAUGGCAUACCAUUUGCAAUAGUUGACAACCCAGGGUAUUGCAAAUGGGGUAUGUUCAGUCUUUUUUAGUAGCCACUUAGUCACAAACUGGCCAAAAUUGGCGUUCAAAUUAGUUUUUUGCAUAUUCAAAUAUUAUCACUAACUUUGGCCAGUGUUUGUGACCAAGUGGCUACUAAAAAAGACUGGAUAUACCCCAUUUGCAAUACCUUGGGUUGUCUACUUUUGCAAAUGGUAUGCCAUCAUGGGGGUAAUUUUUAUUCCUUGGCUACCAUAUGGUCUCAAAGGCAAUGUAACCAAUCUGAGAAUUUCAGUGUGAAGAAAAAUGCAACAUGCUAUAUUUGACCCUGUAACUUCCCAAAACACCAUAAAACCUGUACAUAGGGGUUACUGUUUUACACGUGAGAUAUCGCUGAAUACAAAUAUGUGUAUUUUAUUGCAGUAAAAGCAAACAGUAUUUUGACAUUCACAGUUAAAAUGUCACGGAGAACUAAGAAAUUUUUUAAAAAAUCUUAUUUUCUCCUUUUUUUUAUAUUUUAUUCAUAUUAAAUUAUGUUCCAUACCUAAAUAUUUGAUGUUAAAUAAAAGCCCUCUUUCCCCUGAAUAAAAUGAUAUAUAAUAAGUGUGGGUGCAUUUAAUAUGAAAGAGGUGAAUUACAGUUGGAGAGACAUAUAGCGCAAAUUCCAGGUUUUGGAACGUGUACAUUUGGCUGCGGUCUUAAGGGGUUAAAUGAAGAGAACCUAUUAGGAAAGAAAUAACAAUGUCAACAUAUUUCAUUAGGUACGAUAUGUUUACAUUUUAACUAAAUUCACGUAUUUAAAGGACCACUAUUGUGCCGUGAGGGUGCCCCCACCCUCAGGGUCCCCCUCCCGCCUGGCUGGGUGGCGAGGAAAGGGGUUAAACUUACCUUUAUUCCAGCACCGGGCGGGGAGCUCUCCGCCUCUGAUCCUCCUCUUCGACUGAAUGCGCAUGCGCAGCAGGAGCUUGCGUCUUUUCACUGUGAUUUUCACAGUGAGAAGCACACAAACGCCUCUAGCGGCUAUCAAUGAGACAGCCUUUAGAGGCUGGAUUAACCCAUUUAUAAACAUAGCAGUUUCUCUGAAACUGCUGUGUUUAUUAAAAAGGGUUAAUCCUAGAGGGACCUGGCACCCAGACCACUUCAUUAAGCUGAAGUGCUCUGGGUGCCUAGAGUGGUCCUUUAAAGCAGCACUGUCACACACACACACACACACACUCUCUCUCUCUCUCUCUCAUACCUGAAACGCAGAGUAUGGUAUUAUUAUUAUUAUUAUUAUUUUAUUACAAUUAUACAAAGGGAGUUAUUUAACAAAAAUGAUUCCCAGACAUAUAAUGUAAUUUAGGUGAAGCUGCCUCUACUCAAACAAGCUUACUCUGUAGGGGAAAUAAACUAGGACAUGUAUACAACUUUUUGUGGGUGCUCAGAUAUUUGUGGGGCAUACUAUUUAUUGAGGAAAGCAGAUAUUUCUAUACUAUUUAACUUUUGUUUUUAAAAUUGUUUUAUUUUAAUAUACCAAAAGAAUUGUAUACAUUGAGUUAAAAUUGAGUCUAAUGGAUUCUCUGUUUGUCCCUUUCCUAUAAAACAGAGAGUGGCUACUUACCUUUAAUCAGCUACUGUAGCUGUUAUUCAUCUGGGAGAUUAGCACUAUGGAUCUCCCAUCCAGUGCAAGGCUUCUGAUAGCUUAGCAUUGGGAGAUCAGGACAUGUGAGGCAAUUGCUGCUCUGCACAAAGAGUGCUUCUCAUAGAAAAGCAUUAAAUCCAGUAAGAAGCAUUAACUUCUGCUUUGUGCUGGGCAGGAAGCUAUCAGGUGAAUCCCUCUCCUGGCUGUCUGAUUUCUGCAACUUAGCACCUUUAUAAAAGUGACAAUUUAUAUUGUACUAACUAACUAUAUAAAACAAAAAGAGGGGAGGCAUACAAUGUUAACCCAUAGAACCCUUAAGCAACCUGAAUAGCUCUAGGGGUUUGGAUUGUUAUGUAUUUAUUUUUCAUCUAAAAUAUAAACAUUUUGUUGCGCUGUUUGAAAAGAGGCAAAAUUUAAUGUUUCUCUUAUAGACGUGACAAACGGUGAUAAAGUGGAGUGUUUAAAAAGUGUUUACUCUUAGUAAAAUGGUGUAUCACGGGUAUAUAACGAAUACAUAAAGGAAGCAAACAAAAAACCAAAAAUAUAUAAUGUAGAUCAAGUAUGUCAAACUCAAAGGCUAACACGGGCUGAAUAAACAAGGUUUAAAGGACCACUAUAGGCACCCAGACCACUUCAGCUUAAUGAGGUGGUCUGGGUGCCAGGUCCAGCUAGAGUGAACCCUUUUUUCUAUAAACAUAGCAGUUUCAGAGAAACUGCUAUGUUUAUAAUAGGGUUAAUCCAGCCUCUUGUGGCUUUCUCAUUGACAGCCGCUAAAGGCGCUUCCGCGCUUCUCACUGUGAUUUUCACAGUGAGAAGACGCCAGCGUCCAUAGGAAAGAAUUGUGAAUGCGUUCCUAUGGACUGGCUGAAUGCGCGAGCCGCUCGUGCCACGCAUGCGCAUUCAGACGAGGAGGAGAGUCCCCCGCCCGGCGCUGGAAAAAUAGGUAAAUUUAACCCCUUCCACCCACUAGAGCCCGGCAGGAGGGGGCCCUGAGGGUGGGGGCACCCUCAGGGCACUAUAGUGCCAGGAAAACGAGUAUGUUUUCCUGGCACUAUAGUGGUCCUUUAAGUUUAUGUGGGCCCCCAAAAAACUUCAGUUUUCAUAGUAGGUUUAUUUAGAAAAGUACAGUAUAAAAAAGUGCUUAACUGACACUGGACAUCCUCAUGCUCUUAGGGCUUAAAAGUAAACAAAAGAGCAAAUUUAUUUUAAGGAGACACACAUUUGCAUAUACCCAAUGUUUUAGUCCAACUACCUUGACAUAUUAAGAAAAGUUUGGUAAUGGGACUGAAAUGGUGAAUGUAUGCAGUUGCACAGCUGUAAAAAAACAAAUGAUGUUAGUUUGUUGAUUUUCAAGUGAGUGUGUUCUUCACUUUGGCUGAGAUCAUCAAACUUCAUUUAGGCUAUUGUACAUGUGUGGCAAAAAGCUGUGCCGCCAAUCAGCAUCUCCAUGGGGACUGUUCAGCACCUUAAUGCAGACCCAAUCUAAUACACUCCCCCAUUCUAAUACACUGCCCCCAAAUCCAACACACUUCCCCGAAAUCCAAUACACUGCCCCCGUUCCUCCUCUCUAAUACACUGAACCUUCCACCUAAUCUAAUACACUGCACCUUAAUAUAAUACACCGCCCCUCCUCCCUCCACUCUAAUUGAAUACACUGCCCCCACUCCCACCACUCUAAUUUAAUACACUGCCUCUCCUUUUAAUUAAACACACUGCCCCCCCACCCACCACUCUUAAUACACUGCCCCACUCCCUCCCCCAAUUUAAUACACUGGGCUCCCUCCGUCCCCCAAAUUAAUACACUGCCCACUCCCUCCUGCAAUUUAAAAUACUGGCCUCUCUCUCCCUCAAUUUAAUACAUUGCCCCCCUUCCCCAAUUUAGCACACUACACAGGAAGGUCCCCCAAUUUUAUUGAACAAACCUACUAAUGAUAACAGUAUUUUUUUUAAAUAUAAAAAACGUACAAUGCACUGUUCCAAAUUAUUACGCACAGUAAGUUUCAAAACACUUUAUAGGUUGUAAAGAGCUGAAAAUUGUCAGUUGUUGUGUUUGCAGCAUAUUUACCGAAAUCAGAAGCUAUUUCAAUCAAACUUAUAACAACAUUUUAACUUUUUUUUAACAUUUUAACAGGUCACAUUACGUUUUAACAUAGGACCCCUUAUUUGAUAGCAGCUUCACAAGUCUUACAUCCAUUGAACUUGUGAGUUUUUGGACAGUUUCUGCUUGAAUUUGUUUGCAAGAUGUCAGAAUAGCCUCCCAGAGCUGCUGUUUGGAUGUAAACUGCCUCCCACCCUCAUAGAUCUUUUGCUUGAGGAUGCUCCAAAGGUUCUCAAUAGGAUUGUGGUCAGGGGAGAAUAGAGGCCACACCAUGACUUUCUCUCCUUUUAUCCCCAUAGCAGCCAUUGAUGCAGAGGUAUUCUUUGCAUGAGAUGGUGCAUUGUCAUGCAUGAAGAUGAUUUUAUUACGGAAAGCAUAGUUCUUCCUUCUGUACCAGGGAAGAAAGUGGUCAGUCAGAAACGCCACAUACUUUGCAGAGGUCAUCUUUACACCUUCGGGGACCCUAGAGGGGCCGACCAGCUCUCUUCAGAUGAUUCCGGCCCAAAACACGACUCCACUGCCUUGCUGACGUUGCAGCCUUGUUGGAACAGGGUGGCCGUCCACCGACCAUGCAGGGUUGCACUCAUCAGUGAACGGGACUGUUUGAAAAUUAGUCUUCAUGUAUUUUUCUGCCCAAUGCAGUCGUUUCUGCUUGUUAGCAUUGGUUAGUGGUGGCCAAAUAGAAGGUUUAUGCACAGUUGCAAGACUCUGGAGGACUCUACACCUUGAUGUCCGUGGGACUCCAGAGGCACCAGCAGCUUCAAAUAUCUGUUUGCCGCUAUGUAAUGGUAUUUUAGCAGCUUCUCUCUUGAUCCGAUGCAUGACUCUGGCAGAAAUCUCCCUCAAUGUGCCUUUAUCUGCACGAACCCGUCUGUGCUCUGAAUCAGCCACAAAUCUCUUAAUAGUGCGAUGAUCACGCUUAACCCCUUAAGGACACAGCUUCAGAAGCUGGACUUAAGGACACAAGCAAUUUUUUCAUUUUUUGCUGUGUUCAAAUGCAAUUUGCAUCUCUCUCAUUUAUUGUACCAACACAUGUUAUAUACCGUUUUUUUAGACAACAAAAAGGGCUUUAGUUUGAUAUGACAUAUACAUAUAUAAAUUCUCAUUUAUUACCAAAAAAAAUGCAAAAUAAUGUCGGGGGGGGAAUGCUUUUUUCCCCAAGUUUUGGCAAUAAUAAUGUGUGCAUAAUAUGUCCAGCUUAGGAAAAGUAAUUCAAAAUCAAUUCAGUUUAUUUUGAAAGUUACAGGUCACAAACUACAAGGUCUAAAAUAAAAUUUCAAUGUGAAACAUUUUAGAAGUUUGUAUGUUUGUCUUGGAAGUUUAAUACCCAUUACAGGAAACAAAAUUGCCACACAAAAGUAUAUAUUUAUAAAAAAAAGUAGACAUCACAGGCUAAUUACCUAAGGUUAGUUUGACACUUUUUGCGUAGCCAUUUCACCGCCAAUCUCUGCUAAAUAUUAGAAUAAAAUUGUAUAUUUUCUCUAUUUUGGCAUAUACACAUAUUACAAGGUUUUUGUAAUGUGUAUUUCGUAAACCUAGUGUGUGCUAUCCCUGUACAUCUGCUGAGUAAAACGAUACCCCCAUUCUGUGAAGCUGCCCCUAUUCUGUGAAGCUACAAUGCCAUAUAGGAGACCAUGCUAUUUCAGUUUCUAUAGUUGGAAUUUUCAUAGAUGGUCAUAUGGUAUUGUAGCCAUUUGACUGUUCAAAUAACCCCACAAAGGCCUUCCAUUUGAGAAAGCAGACACUCCAGGGUAUGUUAUUAGGCAUACAUUAUACCUUAACGUGCCACCAUUUUUUUACCAAUUUAUUUCAAAUUUUGUGGUGAGAAAUUUUUUUAAAAUGUUUUUUACAUACAUGUUGCAUUUUCGCUGGGUAUUUCUUACAUUUGAUAAGUGCCACUGUCAUAAAUUCCCACUAAGUAUGCUCAAUUACCUCUUCUGAGUAAAACAAUAAGCCCAAUGUAUGACCCAAUGUAUGACCUAGACACUAUUUUGUGAAGUUACAGUGAAAGAGACGUGACAAGUUCAGGUUUUUAAGUGUGAAUUUACAUGGAGAGUUUUCUAUUUUUAAAUAUGUUAGCAUGCUGCUUUUUCCAACUACUCCAAAAAGGCAUACUAUUUCUUAAAGAAGACAUCCCAGGGUAUUUCAAAAGGCAAAUUUUGAACCUUAGCGUGGGAUUAUUUUUCUGCUAGCUUGUACCAAGGGUAGUGGUAAUAAGCAUUUUUUCUGCUUUUUUGACACACACAGUGAGUUUGUACUGUGUAUUUUACAAACCUUAUGUGUGCUAUGGCUAUAUAAUACGUCCUAUCUUGCUCAGCUAUGUUGUCUGAGCACAGCAAUACCCCCAUAUGUACCUUUGCCAGGUAUAUGCGGACAUUGAAGGGGCACAUUUGAGACACAGCCAUUUAAGUUUUUUCAAACUUUACAUUUUUACGCUGUGUCCAUACCCCACUUUGGAGGUUUUUGUUGUAGGUUAAUUAUUCCAGCUACCCCAUAAAGGCAUACCAUUUUUUAAAGAAGAUACCCUAGGGUAUUUCAAAAGACGUAUUUUGAACCUUAGCGUGAAAUAAUUUUUCCGCUCGCUUGCACCAAGUGUAGUGGUAAUAAGCAUUUUUUCUGUUUUUUUGACACACACAGUGAGUUUGUACUGUAUAUUUUGCAAACCUUAUGUGUGCUAUGGCUAUAUAAUACUUCCUAUCUUGCUCAGCUAUGUUGUCUGAGCACAGAAACACCCCCAUAUGUACCUUUGCCAGGUAUAAGGGGACACAUUUGAGACACAGCCAUUUAAGUUUUUUCAAACUUUACAAUUUUACGCUGUGUCCAUACCCCACUUUGGAGGUUUUUGUUGUAGGUUAAUUAUUCCAGCUACCCCAUAAAGGCAUACCAUUUUUAAAAGAAGACACCCUAGGGUAUUUCAAAAGACGUGUUUUGAACCUUAGCGUGAAAUAAUUUUUCCGCUAGCUUAUACCAAGUGUAGAGGUAAUAAGCAUUUUUUUAUGCCUUUUUGACAUACUCAAUGAGUUUGUAAUAUAUAUUUUGCAAACCUUAUAUGUGCUACAGCAGUAGAAUAUAUCAUAUGUUGCUCCGAUAUGUCAUCUGAGUAUAGCAAUACCCCCGUAUGUACUUUUACCAGGUAUAUGACAACGUUCAAGGGGCAUAUUUGAGACACAGCCAUUUAAGUUUGAAUUUUUACGCUGUGUCCAUGCCUGUCACGUGCGUGGGCUAUAGGCCCAGCCGAGACAGUGGGGAGAUUGUGGAAGUGACAGGGUUAAUGACACCAGACCCCUGGUUACCUGUUGCUAGUCCCAGCAACCACUCAAUUAACCCCUGCAAUCCCUUCUACACUAACCCCCUUAGUACACACUUUACUGCCACCACCAAGACUUUUAAACCCGGGCGUCUUAGGUUACCCCACACACAGGAGAAUUAUAGUAUCACAGUUCUACUUUUACUGAUAAAACAUAUAUAGUUAACCCUUUUUGGUAACGUGUUUACCUGAGCUUUCCUCUGGAGAGUGAAGCUCAUAGAGAACAGAGACACAAGCUGAUUAAGUAAACAUUUAAUCUGACAAAAAGGAUUCACAGUGCGGAGUACAAAAUACAUAAAUAAAUGACAUACAGAUAACAAAUUGCAAAACAGUACAUAAAAUAAAAUAGGAGAAAACACAAGAAAUUCCUUACAUGUAGUUACCCCAUAUAGAAUUCUUGUGGGAGUCUUAGAUGGUAAAGGUCUCCUAGAAGUUGCUGACAAAAGAAAAAUGAAUAACUGAACUCCCUGGAUAGUCCAACACCCUCAUAUAUCUAAACUAGUUGUUUCUCAGUGGGCAGACCCCUGGGGGGUGGGGGGGAGGGGAUCAGAGGGGGUUGGUCUGGCAGUCUAUUGCCCACUCUAUGAAAUUCCUUGUGUCCAGCUCUGGGGAUGGCUAUCUAGAUAUUUUAUGGUCUAGGCCUGGUGCAAGAUCAAAGACCACAAUAAAUGUCAUCCCAAGGUUUACAAAAAAAACCAACAUAUAUAAACACACAUCAAACACCAACUCAUGCUUUUGGCAUGACAAUGCCCAACUUUGGAAUUUUUUUUAAUAGGUUGUGUUUUCCAAUUACUUCACAAAUUGAUACCAUUUCCUAAAGAAGACACCCCAGGGUGUUUCAAAAGGCAUAUUUGAAACCUUAUUGUGGUAUCAUUUUUUUGCUAGCCUGUACCAAGUGUAGAGGUAAUACGCAUUUCCCCCCCCUUUUUAAACAUUUUUUGUAACUUUUAAAAAGUUUUAUUUAGCUUUUAACAACUUAUUUUACUAUUUUAAAACUUUGUUUAAACUUCAAAAAGCUUUUUUCACUUUUUUUUUUUUAAACUUUUAACCCCUAACUAGCCCAACCGUAAAUCCCCCAAUUUCCCCACUAACUUCUACCCACCCUAGCAAAAUAAAUAUUUUAAAAUAUUUAAAUUAAUUAAAUACAUUUAACCCCUGAGGAUUAAAAAAAAAAAAAAGUUAACCCUCAGGAGUUAAAAAAAAAAAAAAUCAGAUCACAGUGAAAUACUGUGAUCUGUAUUUUGAUCACUGCAGGCAGUGAUCAAAGGGCAGGGAAGGGGUUAAAUUUUAUUUGAAAGAGGUGAGGGGGGGUGGGAUUUUGUAACUGUUUUUUUUUUUUUUUUUUUACAGGGAGAGACAGAUCAGCACUUUCAUUGCCAGCACGUGUGAUCGCUCUGACUCCCGGUCAGAGCGAUCACAUGGGCUGAAUCAGUGAAACUGCCCAUGGUAGUGUGCCUCCGAUAUGGAGACACACUACAGGAAGAUUAACCCCACGAUUGCCGCGAUUGUGGCAAUCAGGGGUUCAUUUUCAUUUUGGACGAACAUUUUCCGUCCAGCGUCCUUAAGGGGAGUGCUGCAAUGACGGAAAAUUUCCUUAAGGGAUUAAGUUUUCGUGAAAUAUCUAAUGUUUUCAUGCCUCGUCCAAGUCAUUGAACUAUUUCACUCUUUUCGGCAGCAGAGAGAUCCUUUUUCUUCCCCAUUCUGCAUGAAAAUGGUGCUCUGCUUAAUAAUGUGGAACAUCCUCCUUUAGUAGUUUUUCCUGAAAUUGGGCUCACCUGGCAAUCUAAUUAUCACAGGUGCCUGAGAUUGUUUUCAGUGAUCCAAAGAUCCCUGAGACACAAUGCCAUCUAUGAGUUAAACUGAAAAACAAAAUAUUUAAUCGUUGUGACACUUAAAUAGAAUAUGCAUAAUAAUUUGGAACAGGGUGUAUUAAAGGACCACUAUAGUGCCAGGAAAACAUACUCGUUUUCCUGGCACUAAAGUGCUCUGAGGGUCCCCACUCCCGCCGGGCUCUGGGGGAGGAAGGGGUUAAACUUACCUCUUUCUCCCGCGCUGGGCGGGGAGCUCUCCGCCUCUUCGGCUGAAUGCGCAUGCGCGGCAGGAGCCGCGCGUGCUUUCAGCCAGUCCAUAGGAAAGCAUUCGCAACUGCUAUUUUUAUAGAAAGAAGGGUUAACCCUAGAUGGACCAGGCACCCAGACCACUUCAUUAAGCUGAAGUGGUCUGGGUGCCUAUAGUGGUCCUUUAAUUUUUUAUUAUUUAUAUAGCGCAGGCAAAUUCCGUAGUGCUGUACAAUGUUAUCAACGCCUUUAUGGUAGCAUACCACCGUCCAUCAAGUGGGUCACCAAAUGUGGAUAUGUAGAAAAAGGGAAUUGGUUCUUAUGUAUUUUUGUUUUUUUUAUAUAUAUAUAUAUAUAUAUAUAUAUAUAUAUAUAUAUAUAGUGUAAAGAAUAUAUAAGAACCAAUUCCCUGUAUGUAUAUAAUGAAUAACCACCUUUGUAUAAAUUAUUUUUUUUAACUGCCCUCCCCUGCAUGCCCUUUCCUGCCCAUAAAAAACAUGAAGCCCUCUGGAUGUGGAUACACCCCGCCCGACGUCCGUUCAUCGGGGAAGAUACGUAAGAUGAGGCUGAUCAGGCGGAGGUGUGUGGAAAGUGGGCUCACUCAAAAACCAGAAGUGAUGUGUCGAGAAGGCCGCAACGUCACUUCUGGGUAUAAGUCAGGCUGAGAAUGGGAGUAAACACGAACUGGGGGGCUUGUCCAAGGGCGACUUCUACUGGGGGAUAUGAAAGAAGGGGUGGAUACCCCUAAUCAAACACAAGUGCCUAAAACAGAGGAAUGGGCCAGUCUACAUGACGAUUGGCUACAACACCAUCAUGUGACCAGAGACUUCAUUUGAUAGCAGCAGUUAAAAACUGACACCUUCUGGAGCUACACACAGCCAACUGAGGAAACUCAAUCAAGUGAAACGCGUAUUGGCAUUGGAUUGCAAGGACUUAGUGUUUUUUACUUUUUAUUUAUAUUUGUUUUAUGAAUUUGUACUAUCUACUUAGCACAGUUUCGGUAGAAUGUGAUUCUCAGCUCCAAACGGGACCCAUUUGAGGUCUUGCCAACCCUGAAUUAGGCAACAGGUACUCAAUUCCAGAGCUAGGAUUUGUGGGCUCUGAGCAAGGUGAGCCUAAACUUUUUAAGCUAGUUCAUAUAUAGAAAUAUGAAAUAUACUGUACCAUUGGAGUUCUUUUUCUACAUAUCCACAUUUGGAGACCCACUCGAUGGAUGGUGGUAUGCUACCUAUAAAGGCGUUGAUUACAGAGCCAGUAGUUACAGGCUCUGGUCUAUGUGAGUGGAUCUUAUCAUUUAUUAUCUCAAAUUCUAUGUGCAUUACCAUCUACACUUUUAUAUUCUUGGUUUUGUUUCCUUCCUUUAUGUAUUCAAUUUAAAUAUUUAUAGCAAGUACCUCUACUUCCACUGCACCUGCGUAUUACACCCUGAAUGCAAAACUAUAAGAUAAGAUAGCCAUCCAACUUGGAUCUGUUGUACACACUGGGAUUUAGGCACACAUAAAAGAACAGCACUUAGGAAUCUGACAGUUUUCCCACAAUCCCUGCUACACUUUCGGUAUGUUGCCCCAAAAUAUUUUACUUCAAAAAGUAAAAUUAGUGUGUUGUAAUUAAGCGCUUAAAAUUCUAAAAGUGAAAUAGCAGCUCAAAACACUUAAAUGUGGGAAUACCCCUAUGCCCACACACAGAAAAAUACAAAUGUGACAAACAGUGAUAAAGUGAAGCACUAAAAAGAGUGUAUGCAUUUAUAUUUACUCUUGGUAUAAUUUCUGAGUUAUAUAUAUUCAAAACACAAGCAGAUUGUGCUUUAUGAUGCAUGAUCGGUAAUCUCAGCCCAUGACUUGUAUUAGAAUCUUCUUGCAACCCAGUUUCCCUGUGAAUAAAUUUACAAGCUCAUCGUACAUCCAGUUUACUACCCAUUGUUUCUACUAGAUCAGUUAAUUUUCUUGUUUGUUUUUAUUAUUAGAUUUUAAAACAAAACAUGUGCAGUCACAGUGCAAUCAGGUACAGGUAUCAAAGUUUGCCAAGAUAAUCAUUAGAUUAGAUCAGUUAACAAUAUUACAUAAGGCCUAUGUAGCUGCUGGCAGCGCAAUCACGCCACUCCUCACUCUACCAUUUAAUUCCGUGCUGCCGGUCUGCAUGACAGGGAUUGCUUUGAGACAUCAUCUGACAGACAAAGACUUUCUGUUACAGCGACAAGUAGCAGAAGGAAUUCAAAUGACACUGAAAAGAGCUGAACAAAAAAAAAAUAGAAAGAUCCCACAAAUGGUAUUGUCAACACAGUUUAUACCAUUUUAAGAUGUAAUCUCGAUGUAGACCCAGGUCUACUGAUAAUGUAUUUAUUGUUUGAAUGAUUGUAAAAAUGUAAAUGUCAUCUAUAAAAUGUAGUGUAAUUAAGUGAUUGGAUGGUGACAUACAGUAGAUGUGCCCUCUGGCAAUAAACAAGAUCAUGUGCAUAUUGUUAGCAUUAAUUAGUUUUUUUUACAUUCAUAAACCAUCAACUGUGUAAUAAUUACAACCUUUUUUUUUACAUAGCAACUGGACAAGUUAACAUUAUCUUAAAGUGUUUGUAUUAUAUACACUCCAUUGCAGAUUGUUUCAAUUUGACAACUUCUAGUCCAGCAUCUUAUAGACUCCAGAAGACACUAGGUAUCAGCCUUGUUCUCUAAAGCUAUCAUGAUACUUACACCAUCGACACUGCCGAUACGGCUUCUUUGCAGUUUGAAUGCACAGCCCGCUUACACAUAACAAUUUAGACACUGCCCGUUCAAUUGGAGCGUCCGCAAGUGCGGAACGUUCUUGGGACGUCAGUUCCAGUUAAGAAUUGCUUGCGUCUCCCAGGCAACCUGUUUCCUUUUUCGAGUGGAAUGGGUGAUGUGGAUUAAUCAGAGCCGAGGUACUAUCUACUUAGCACAGUUAAUCCUGUUUUGUCCCUAGUUCAGUGCCCUAUCGUGGUCUCUGCCUUAUUAGUUCUUGUGUAUUCCUGGAUUUUUACCUAGUUUAUGGGAAUUUUUAGUACCUCUGUUAACUUACCAGGCUUGUUAUAUUGAUUGCUGUUUAUCUGGAUUCCUGACUUAUUUGGCUUAUUUAUUGACUUUGUCUCUCUCACUAUUUAUUAUUAUUAUAGCCAUUUAUAUAGCCCCAACAGAUUCCAUAGCACUUUACAGUUUAUUAUGUUAGGUCCAGACCUACCGGUAGUGAUUUGUCUAUCUCUAUUUCUUCUGCUGGUGUUCCCAUUUCCUCUGUAUUUGGUUAUACUGCUUGUGACAAAAGUUGCCCUGCCAAAAAAGCUGCAAUUAUUGUAUGUGGGGUAAUUUUCCAUGUCUUGAGCAAGUGAAAUACAUUUUUGUGUGGAAUCAGGUUUGAAGGUCUUGCAUAAGUGCAAUGCUUACUGGCACAAGGUCUUUGCCUUGCUUGAAUUUUGAAGGAUUUGAUUGCACCUUAUUAUAUAACAAAUUCUGAUAAAAAUCAAAGUUCUCACCCUGCAAAAAAAAAAAAAAAAAGCGGUUUCUAUGGUAACCAUACAUUCCAAAGCUGUAAUACGAUCUCUGCUAUGUUUCACCUGUAUCACGGGUGACUAAAAAUUGGAGCCCCAGCCAUUGAAAUACAUUACAAAUGAGUCUUGCUAAUCCUUAAAAUUCUAUAACAUCUGAGGAUCUACUGUUUGACCACCUCCUGCCUUACAUCAUACGCUGUUCCUUUCUAUCUCCACACAUUCCUUUUUACAUUAAUUAGUGUUUGGUUAGUGUUCCAGACCUGUACAGUUUUAAUGCAAUGUAUGUUUUAACAUACAGUGACUUGGCAGUCACUGUUCUUGGUGCUUGCUUUUCAUCUUGUGGUAACCGUUAGAGGUUAUUCUGGUGUCAUGUACUCAUUAUGCUAACCCUUUGAGAUUCCAGUGCCCACGUAUUGUUCUCAUUCUUUUCUGCACUUAAGAAGGGAUUUUCCUUUGCAGUUGCACGUGUCUUUAUGCCAACCACUUGAAUAGGUAUUUUGCUAUUCCUGGUAUGCUGGCAUCUUCCUAUGGAAAAGCAUUGUGAUUGGUUCAGAUGAACACUUCUGAAGAAGUCGGCCAAGCAGGCAGAUCAGAGGCAAGCAGCAGCAGACUGGAAUUUAAGUAAAAAUUGUACUAUAUUAAGGAGAGACUGGGGGGCUAGAUGGUGUUAUUAACACUAUAGGACCAGGAAUACAUGUUUGUGUUCCUGACCCUAUAGUACACCUUUUCAUUUUUCAAAUGUGAAAAGAAAAAUGGCUGGGUAUUUUUAUUUUUUAUUUUUUCAUUUGACUUUGCAUUAUGUAAAUUCCAUUACUAGCUAUUGUUGGUUGUCACACCUGUAUUUGCAUAGCACGUGCAGUGGAUUAGGCUCCUUGGUUUGACUGGCUUUCUGCAGAAUGGAGACAUUCUAUGGGCCAAGAUUUCACUGUGGCAUUUAACACAGCAUCGUCAGCCACUGGUAAACAUGUGUGUCAUAUUUUAGGCAGAGAAUGCAAAAGGCAAAAACGCUAUUUAAAAAAAAAAAAAAAAAGCCCCCCUAAUUUUGACGUUUAAUUAUAUAUAAUAUUAUGGCAAAAAGCCAUGAAAUUACAAUCCGUAUUGCCAAGAUGACUGGUUAAUAUUAGUGUAUCAUUUUAUUGCUGAUUAUUAAUCACUAGUUUAGAUCAAAUGCCCUUGUAUGAUCUACCUGUAAAUUCCUGAGUUAUAAUUUUAUUUUUUAUCAAGGCUGUAAAAUCCCUAUUAAGAAUGUUGUAACCAUGGUAACCAAACUAGGGCAGACUAGGUGAUCUGAUGUCCUCAUCUGCUGUCACAUUCUUUGCUAACCAUAUCACCAUGGAAAUCAUUAUAUAUAGGACAUGUUCUGUGUCCCCUAGAUUCACAUAUUAAACAGACGUGGACCUGUCAUCUUGCACAUGUUAUGGCUGUUGUAGCUAUAAUUUAACCCCUUAAGGACAGAGCUUCAAAAGCUUGUCUUUCACUUAAUGACAACAGCAUUUUUUUCAUUUUUUGCUGUUACAGAAAAAUGUAUUUAAAAAAAUGAAGAUUUUGUGGGGGUUUUUUUUUUACAGUUUUUGCAAUAAUAAUGUGUGCAUAAUUAGUGCAGGUUAAGAAAAGUAAUUAAAAAUAAAUUCAUUUUGUUGUUCUGAUUUACAGAAUAUAUAAUGUGUCUGGGAUUUUAAGUUUUUUUUGGUAGUUACAGGUCACAAAGCACAAGGAGUAAAAUAGACUGUUAAUGUGGAGCGAUUUUAGAAUUUGGUAUGUUUGCCUUGUAAGCUUAAUAGCCAUAAAAGAAAACAAAAUUGCCACACAAAAGUAUAUAUUAAAUAAAGUAGACAUCACGGGCUAUUUACCUAAGGUUGUUUUGACACUUUCUACGUAGCCAUUUCACCGCCACCGCAGAGGGCUCAAUAUUGGAGUAAAAUUGUGGGGGGUUUUUGUUUUUUGGCACACAAACUUAUAACAAAGAAAUUCUCGUGUAUAUUUUGUAAAGUUGGUGUGUGCUAUUCCUGUACAAAGUUUUAUUUUGUGUUCAGUUACAUCUGCUGAGUAAAAUGACACCCCCAUUGUAUGUCUUUUGCACUAUUUCGUGAAGUUACAGUGCCAUACAGGAUACCUGUCCUUUUCAGUAUUCACAGUAGAAUUUUGAGAGAUGGAUUUAAUGAGCCUUAGCUUCCAUUUGGGGUAUUAUAACAGUUUGACUGUUCAAAAAACCCCCACAAAGGCCUACCAUUUGUAAAAGUAGACACUCCAGGGUAUCUCAUAAGGUGCAUAUUGUGCCUUAACAUGCCCCCAUUUUUUCACCAAUAUAUGCCAAAGUAUGUGGUAAAAAAUAAUUUUGUGCAUUUUUUACAUACGGAUUGCAUUUUUGCUGGGCGUUUUGUAUAUUUCAUAUGUGCCACUAAGUUCAAACCCCCCAAAUUAUGCUCAGCUAAGUCUUCUGAGUAAAAUGACACCCCAUAUGAAUGUCUUUGGCACUAUUUUGUGAAGCUACAGUGCCAUAUAGGAGACCAAGCCAUAUCCGUUUUUACCAGAACUUUGAAUUUUGAUGCUGGGCCUAUGUGCAAUUUCCAAGCAUCUUCGCAGGUUUUAAAUUCAAACUACCCCACAAAGGCCUACCAUUUCUUAAAGUAGACACCCCAGGGUGUUUCAAAAGGUAUAUUUUGAACCUUAGCGUGGGAUCAUUUUUCCGCUAGCUUGUACCAGAUGUAGUGGUAAUGAGCGUUUUUUCUGCCUUUUUGACAUACAAAGUGAGUUUGCACAGUAAAUUUUGCAAACCUUAUGUGUGCUACAACUGUAUAAUACUUCAUAUGUUGCUCAGCUAUGUCGGCUGAGUACAGCAAUACCCCCGUAUGUACCUUUGCCAGGUAUAUGUGGACAUCGGAGGGGCAUAUUUGGGACACUGCCAUUCCAGUUUUUUUCAAACUUUGAAUUUUUAUGCUGUGCCUACGUCCCAUUUUAGAGUAUUUUACCAGGCUAUAUAAUCCAAAUACCCCAUAAAGCCAUACAAUUUCUUAAAGAAGACAUCCCAGGGUAUUUCAAAAGGCAUAUUUUGAACCUUAGCGUGGGAUCAUUUUUCCGCUAGCUUGUACCAAGUGUAGUGGUAAUAAGCAUUUUUUUUGCCUUUUUGACAUACAAAGUGAGUUUGCGCAGCAUAUUUUGCAAACCUCAUGUGUGCUAUGACUGUAUAAUACUUCAUAUGUUGCUCAGCUAUGUCAGCUGAGUACAGCAAUACCCCCGUAUGUACCUUUGCCAGGUAUAUGUGGACGUUGAAGGGGCGCAUUUGAGACGCAGCCAUUCAGUUUUUUUCUAACUUUGAAGUUUUACGCUGUGUCCAUGUUCCAAUUUAGAGUAGUUUAGACGGUUGGUUAUUGAAACUUCCCCACAAACACAUACUAUUUAUUAAAGAAUACACCCUGGGGUGAUUCAAAAGGCAUAUUUUGAACCUUAAUGAUAGUGUGCAGCGCAAAACAAGGUGAUACCACAGAGUAAAAUGUGAUACAUGCACUGUGAAGGUAUAUAUACCCAAUGAAAGAUACACAGAUACCCCAAUGUAUAAACAGAGUCAGAUCUUAACUGAAGAUCAGAAGAUACUGAAGGAUUCAAUAUAACCUUUCUCCUCUGUCAGUCUCUUUUUCAAAUGUUUAGAGAGGAAAAAAAUCCAAGGAUAUUCUUCUGUGUGGAGCUUGUUCCUCAAAAUAAAUAAUGCAGAACAGGCACACCCGAAAUCUGGAUAAAAUAGAGAAAGAUACCUUAUAUAUCAAACAAAAAAAGUAUAAGCGAGACUUAGAUGAUUAUAAAAGGGGUAACGUAAGAAAGAGUUAUAACACCAAAAUAGACUCCAAUAAUUUUGAUGUUUUAAAAAAUUAUGAGAGACCCCAAAAAAAAACCCGCACACCAUGGAUUGCAAGACAUCCAUCCAGACAAUACCAGAGAGAAAUAUCUAGGGACAGAGAAUUUAGGAAUAAUUACGAAUGGACAGAAGUUAGAAAGAAAAAAAGACAGUAUCAUCAGACACCUAGGAGAAUACCUCAUACUCAUAUUUCUCGGUCUCAUCAGUACCAAUCUAGAAAUAUGUCUCAAGAAAGAAUAUCAAAUGUAUGGCAGCCGAGAUCAAAGUAUUCUUAUACUAGAGACAGGUCACAAGACAAGAUAUAUAGGAAUAGGUACGAACCCCUUCAAAAUGUGGAAGAGUCGUUUUUUUUAGGGGCUCCAAAAACUCUUAUCAGACCACCCCGUUCCCCACUAAAGAGAAGACGUUCUUCUGGGGUAGAGGAACAAGAGGAGGGAAGGGGAAAAAGAAGAGUAAGGAAUGUAUAAACAAAGAUAGCCAAGAAGUGGAACCAAUAAAAAUCUUCAAUUUGUCAGAUAAAACUUUGAAUGAUAACCAUACGAAAGUUCUGACAAAAGGUUUUAAAUUUGCCCCUAGCUGUAAUAUUAAUAAGUUUGACACUUUUGUAGACCUUAAUAGGUUUAUGCGAAAAUUAUGUUUAAAAAAAAUUUUUUUGACUGAAGGACAGACUAAACCUAUUAUCUCUGAAUUAGAAGAGUUUAAACAUACCAAUCUUCAACCUAAAUCUACUUUUUUUCCCUAUUAUUUAAAAACAGCUAGUAUGAAAGCUUUUGAGAAGGCAUGUAUUAUUGAUCUUAAAAAGAUCAAACCCCUUUCUAAGUUUCAACAAAAUCUUACAUGGGGAGAAAGAAAGGCUUUGAAGGUCUAAAAAAGGACGACAAAAUUAUAAUUAAACCAGCAGAUAAGGGGGGGGGGGUAGUUAUUAUGAAUAAAGAGUCAUAUUUAGAAGAAAUUUUUAACCAAUUAAAAGAAGAAACUACUUAUGGUAAACUCAGUACUAAUCCAGAACCGAAUAUUAAGAAAAUCCUUUUAGUAUUUUUGGGUCAAGGAUUAGAAGAAGGGAUUUUAAGUGAAGGUGAAUACAAGUUUUUAAAUAUGGAUAACUCAGUCAUCCCGGUAAUAUAUACCCUUCCCAAGAUUCAUAAGGAUCCUAUCCAUCCCCCAGGUAGACCUAUAGUGGCGGGGGUGGACUCUCUUUUGUCACCCCUGUCCCACUAUAUUGACACCUUCCUUCAACCUUUAGUUGUCAACACUCGUGCCUAUUUAAAAGACUCUAUUCAUAUUCUUCAAGCAAUACAGGAAAUUAUUUGGUCAGAGGAAUUUUAUUUAGUGACUUGUGAUGUGAGUAGCCUGUACACUAUUAUUGAACAUCACAAAGGCUGCGAAGCAGUAGAAUUUUUCUUGAAGAAAUCUGAUUCCUUUAAAGACCAACAGAUAGAGUUUAUUAUCAGGGGUAUCCAAAUGAUUUUAAACAACAAUUUUUUUUGGUUUGAGGACAGUUUCUAUAUCCAGAGGAGAGGUACUGCCAUGGGGACUAAGUUCGCACCCAGCUAUGCUAAUUUAUUUAUGGCUUUUUGGGAAGAAUCUUUCAUUUAUGCCCAGCAUGGCUGGAGUGCGAACUUGGUCCUCUAUAGGCGGUACAUUGAUGACAUUUUCUUUAUUUGGAAGGGGGAUUUGCCUUCUCUUAAUGAAUUUUUGAUAUAUCUCAACACUAAUUCUUGGGGUAUUAAACUCACCUCCGAGAUCAGCAAUCAAGAAGUCCAUUUUUUAGACCUUAGGAUUUUUAUUAAAAAUGGUAAGAUCGUGACGAGUACCUAUUUUAAAACUGUCGACGUCAACAGUUAUAUUGACUGCGACAGUUGUCAUUUUAAACCUUGGCUUUCUAAUAUCCCCAAAGGGCAAUUUACAAGACUCAAGAGAAAUUGUAUGGAAGAAGACACUUUUUUAAAUCAAUCUGAAGUUUUAAAAAAAUAGUUUUAUCAGAAAGGAUAUGAGAAAGAAAGUAUAGAGAAACAAUUUAAAGCAGUAUGUACUAGACCCACAGAAGAACUUUUAACUUAUAAAAAGAGAGACAAUAGUAAUCAAGAAGAAAGAGUUUCCUUUAUUUGUGAUUUUAACUCUCAGAGCCAUUCGUUUAAAAAUUUUUUUAAAAGACAUUGGCAUAUUUUAAAGCAAAAUGAGGACUUACAUACCUUUAUAGGAGACCAACCGAGGAUAAUAUAUAGGGGUGCCAAUAAUUUUAAAAACAUCUUAACUCAUAACUGUAUACCUAAAAAGAUGGGACCUAAUAAAGAUGUAUAUGGUAAUCCCCUGAAAGGCUUUUAUAAUUGUGGAAACUGUAAAGCCUGUAAAACUAGCAGAACUUUGACCAAGAAAACAGAAAAAUUCCAGUCUAAUACCACUAAAAAGGAGUAUAGUGUUAAAGAAUUUAUAACCUGUAGCUCCAAUAAUGUAAUUUAUUUAUUAACGUGUAUAUGUGGUUUACAAUACGUGGGACGGACUAUCCGACCACUAAAUACGAGGAUUAGUGAACAUCUAAGGAAUAUACAGAAUGGGGUAUUAACCCAUUCUGUAUCCGCACAUAUCCACGAAAACCAUAAUGGAGAUACUAAAGUUCUGCAUUUUAUGGGGAUUCAAAAGGUUUCAAAACCCUGGAGAGGGGGUGACUAUCUCAAGAUCCUCAAUAAGACAGAAAUGAGAUGGAUCUUUGAUUUAGAAACCCUCUCUCCUUAUGGGUUAAACAUUGACUUUGAUAUGUAUAACUAUAUUUAAUAUUAUCUCUAUUUAAUAUUAUCCCCCUUUUUUAAUAUUAGUAUGAAGGUAUUUUUAAGUAUUAUCUCUCUAUUUAUAUGUGUUUUAAUUCUCUUUUUAUAUGUCUAUUCUCAUUUAUAUGUGGAUUUUAUUAUGGACUUUUAUGGAUCAUAAGUUAUGAUCCUACAACAUUCAGAGACUAUAUACAUCAUAUAGGGAGUGAAAACGAACUUUCAUUGGUGGUCCGUGGAACGCAUAGAAUGUGGAACGCAUGCGAACUGUCAUUGGUAGUUCGUGGAACGCAGAGAGACCGGAAGUGGAGCGCAGAGAAUUGGAAAGCGGAAGCAACACGCCGCGGCUACAACAACCCGACGGGACCAAAAAGGACGACGGUCAACACGUCUGAUUGGCUGCCUGGCGAAGGGGGCGGGUUGGAAGUACCCGUUUCCCGCGCUAAUUUAGACAUUUAAAUGUAUGUGGAGUUUAUGAAAUGUUAUUGCACCUGAGGAAGACGAUUUUGUUCGUCGAAACGCGUUGUGCCUAUGGUAUUCACAUGUGAACAGCAUCAUUACAACCUCUAUGUAAGAAUUUUAAUAUUUUUUUGAAUAAAUGUGUAUACUUGGUUUUGUAAUUGGUGUGCCUGUUCUGCAUUAUUUAUUUUGAGGAACAAGCUCCACACAGAAGAAUAUCCUUGGAUUUUUUUCCUCUCUAAACAUUUGAAAAAGAGACUGACAGAGGAGAAAUGUUAUAUUGAAUCCUUCAGUAUCUUCUGAUCUUCAGUUAAGAUCUGACUCUGUUUAUACAUUGGGGUAUCUGUGUAUCUUUCAUUGGGUAUAUAUACCUUCACAGUGCAUGUAUCACAUUUUACUCUGUGGUAUCACCUUGUUUUGCGCUGCACACUAUCAUUGUUGUUUGCAUUCACUUUACUGUGGGAUUUUUGUGAUUAUUCCCACUUAGUGUGUUCCAGCUGCUGUGUCUAGCGCCACGGUCUAUACUGUUUGCCUUUUUUCUCUAUAUUUUGAACCUUGGCGUGGGAUAAUUUUUUCUCUAGUUUGUUCCAGGUGUAGUGGUAAUGAACGUUUUUAAAAUGUAUAUUUUUUUUACUUUUUUUACUUUUUUACUUUUAAAAACUAGUUUUUAAACUUUUGUUUUACUUAUUAAUUUUUUUUAAACUUUCUUAAAACUUUUUUACAGAUUUAACAUUUUUCUAAGCUUUUUUUUUUUUUUUUUACCGUUAACCCCUAACUAGCAGUAAGCAGCACUAACAGUAAAUUCCCCAUUUUCCCAUAACUCCCACCCCCCCCAGGUAGCAAAAUAUAUAGUUAUAAAAUAUUUAAAUUAAUUAAAUAAAUAAAUUGAACCCCUGAGGGUUAAAAAAUAAAUAAAAGUUAAUCCUCAGGGGUUAAAAAAAAUUAGAUCACAGUAUAAUACUGUGAUCUGUAUUUGAUCGCUGUAGGCAGUGAUCGACUGGCAGGGAAGGGGUUAAUUUUUAUUUGGACUAGGUAAAGGGGGGUGUUUUUUGUAUUUUUUUACUUAAACGUUAUUAAAACUUUUUUUAAGCUUCAUUUUUAACUUUUUAAAGUUUAUUUUAAAACUUUUUUUAACGUUAACCCCUAGUUAGCCUAACACCAAAUCCCCCAAUUCCCCACUAACUUCCACCCACCCCAGCUAGUUAAAUAUAUAAUUUUAAUUAAUUAAUUAAUUAAAUUUAACCCCUGAGGGUUAAAAGAAAAAAUCAGAUCAUAGUAAAAUGUAAUCCCUGCCAAUUGAUCACUGUAGUCAGUGAUCAAUUGGCAGGGAAGGGGUUAAUUUUUUAUUAAAAUGGGUAAAGGGGGGUGGGAUUUUAAAUUAACUUUUUUUUUUUUUUUUACAGCAGGGGGCAGGAUGUGCACUGUUCCGGCUCCCUGCACUUCACACAGAACCAGGAAGUGCAGGGAGGCGGAAGGUGAGUAUAGAGAGCACAUGUGCUUGCUCUGACUUGCGGUCAGAGCGAGCACAUGUGCUGGGCAGCCUGACCGGGUGCUCGAUCCGGGGUUAAUUUUAUCGCGUGAUGGACGAGGUCCGUCACUCGUCAUUAAGGGUCUCCCCUCUGUGACAGACCUCGUCUGUCACUCGGCGUUAAGGGGUUAAUACAUUGCAAUAGUCAAGUCAUGACCUUAAAAGAUUUGCGCUCAUUUCUUUCCAUAAAGGAUGUUUGCAUGGUUGAGUAUAAUCAAAGCAAUCACUUUUGGAUUUACAUUUGCUCCUGUGUAUUGCAUAUUGUGUUAGGUAUACUUUAUAUGUUUCUUGCAUGCAUUUUUUUUUUAUCCGCUCCCUGGUUGUGGUUGAUUUCAGAAAUAGGCAGUGUACAUAUAGCUUUUUUUUAUUUUUUUAUAAAAUGUAUUUAUUUUAUUUUUAAAUGAGGGGGGUGGAGCCAGCAGCCAACCAGAGCAGAAGCAUGUCAAAUGAGCGCCACUAAAAUCAGCCUUAACUUGGCAAUUAUACGACCCAAAUCACACUUAUUGUGUCCCACAUCAAGCUAUUACAAGAUGGGGAAGAAAUCUAAGCAUGAGGGUACCACGAUAUUGGGGACCUUUUCCUCCAUCCCGCUAAGGCUUCAGGAAUUCCUGCGCCAUAAGAAAAUGGUGACACAACCUCGGCCUCCUCCGAAGAACAAGCGCUGGGUGAGUUCCCAAACACAGGGGGAUUACACCACCCCUCCUGCCUUCCACUAAAGGAGGUAUAAAAGACCUUCUCUGCCACAUCCGCAUGAUGUUCGCAGCAGGCCUAGCCACCAUGUAGGAGGAGAUACAAACGGUGGAAGGACGAGUUAUGGCAGUUGACAAAAACACGCAGGGCCUCACUACUCUAUGCAUACAACUAGAAGCACAAAAUGCAGAGUUACAAUGCACCCAGUCCCUGCUUACUUACCGCUUGGACGCAAUGGACGAUCGGCACAGGAGCCGGAAUGUCAAAAUCCUGGGAAUCCCGGAGACGGUGACCCAGGAAGACCUGACACAAUAUACCAGGAGAUUUCUCAACUCCCUACUCACGCCACAGCAGGCGAAACAAGUAGUGAUUGAUGGGGUCUAUUGCAUCCCGAGAGCUACCAGAGCCCCAACAGACUCCCCAAGAGAUAUAAUAUUACAACUCCAAACAAGGUCAGCUCAAAUAAACUUCAUGGCAGCAGUGCGAGGCGUAUCUACUCCGCUUUCUCUCCCCCCUUAAAUGUGGAACUCUACCCCCACUUGCAGACCACACAACAUCGUGCACGGACCCAGGCGCCUUUAAAUAUACCCCCAACGUACCGCAGGUUAUGCCUUUCCUAUAGUUUCGAGGCUGAUAAUAGGCAGACAUAGCUCACAACCAACACUAGCCGAGACGCUCAAAUAGUGACCACUAACAACUAUAGAACCCAAUAACACUGCAGGCAUGCAACUUCCUCUUCCAAACUUUAAAUGCCAGUUAUAUAUAUUACUCUAAGUAUGUGUAUUUCUUUUUGGCACAAUUCCCUAGCAAAAAUGGGCACAGCAUGUCUAUUACAAGUACUGAUCAUUCAAUGAUGCCUAUUACAUUAUCUCACCAAAAUGCAUUUAACCUGUAAAUCUUGAAACAUACAGUUUAGCUUAACCUGCAUUGGGUAGGGCUUACUUGUUAUUUUAAUGACUAUUUUCUCAUUCUCCUGCAAUAUAAGCGAGUUUUAUAAUGCUUUUACUAAGGCUAUGUUUUGUUUAUCUUUAUCCUUCAGACAUGUUUGACUAGCCUGCGACUUUGCAUCUUAACCUAAAAAUGUGUGCAGUAAUCUUAGAUGCCUAAUACUUGCUCAAAUAUGUAUCUUACAACCUUUGUUACUGCUGUUGGUGCAUUGCAAUAAGGUAUGUUAAAUGUUUACACCACAAAAAUAAAGAGUUUAAAAAAAAAAAAAACCAAGGCUCCAACUGUGUUCCAAGAUACUGAGAAUUUUUCCUCGUCUCACUGAAGUGGUGUGGGUGCAUUGGCCCUGCCAUUUUUCUCACACAAUGUAAAACAUUGCUGUUUGGGAGAUACAUCAAUGUUUUCAUUGUGGGGUUAGAAGAUACCUCUAGUGUCUGUCUUCCUGAAAUCCACUAGAUGGAGUUUUCUGGUGACAGAUAAAGGUGAGUUCUACUUACCUGAAUCUGUCCCACGUGCAGCCAUCUUCCUCUGGCGGGUCCUCUUCACUCCUGGCAUUUCAGCGCCAGUAACUGACAUCACUGCUGUACUCUUGUGCGUGCACAAGAGUACAGUGUUGAGGUCUGCAGUGGAUCCUUUGGGAUCCUCCAUAGAAAGAGCCAAUUCCCUGCUGUCUGGAUUGACACUGUAGCUCCCCCAGUGUGUAUGAAAGUCAGGAACAGGAAACAUACAGACACCCGUUUUCUAUGAUUUCUUAUUUUUUACUGAUACAAAUUAGUCUCUACUUUGUAUCAGUAUAUCUUUUGACUGAAUUUGUAUUUCAUAAAGAUUCUAUAUUCAGGUGGGGUGACAGUACCAUUUUAAUUUUUGCAUCUGGGCUAUUGCAAAGCAUUUGUUUGUACAAAAUGGUCAUCAAACCUGAUGACCUCAGCAGAAGCUGUCCGGUUUGCUUAGAAGAAAUCGUCUUAGAGCUGGACUGCAGGUAAGUAACAGGUUAAGUUAAAGUUUUUUGUAACAGUUAACCUAUCUCAAAAACAUAUCUUGCAUCCGCCACUAUUUAACACCACACGCAGCUAAGAUGCUGGUCCAUGCCUUUGUUUUUUCUCACAUUGACUACUGCAAUCCCCUUCUCAGUGGUCUAACGUGUUCCCAGAUUGCACUGCUGCAAUCUAUAAUGAAUGAGGCGGCAAGGCUCAUUUUCCUGUCCGCCCGCACCUACCACACCUCCCCCUCUGUCAGUCUUUACAGUGGUUUCCAGUUAGAUAUAGGGCUCAAUUUAAGAUUCUGGUGCUUGCUUACAGGUCCCUACAUAAUGCUGCUCCAAACUAUCUAUCCUACACAAGUAUGUCCCGUCGAGGCCCCUGCGCUCUGUUGAAGACCUACAUCUAUCCUCUGUCCGUACUCCCACAUCUGAUGCUCGCCUCCAAGACUUCUCCAGGGCUGCACCUUUUCUGUGGAACUCCCUUCCCUUCCUUGUUAGACUUUCACCCAGUCUCCACUCCUUCAAAAAAUCUUUGAAAACAAACUUUUUUAGGAAAGCGUAUCAUUUAAACUGUUAGAGGGUUUUCAUCCCCCACCCCAUGACUCCCCUCCUGAAACUGUUAAAAAUAACUUACUAAGUUCCCAGUGAAUACUUUUCUAGCAACCUAUUUCAUUACCCCUACUUAUACCCUUUGUGUCACUAUAACCCACUCCCUCUGCCAUGUAAGCUCACGGAGCAGGGCCUUCAAUCCCUCUGUUACUGUGUCACUAUACCCCACUCCCUCUAGCAUGUAAACUCACUGAGCAGGCCCUCAAUCCCUCUGUUACUGUGUCACUAUACCCCACUCCCUCUAACAUGUAAACUCAUUGAGCAGGCCCUCAAUCCCUCUGUUACUGUGUCACUAUACCCCACUCCCUCUAACAUGUAAACUCACUGAGCAGGGCCCUCAAUCCCUCUGUUACUGUGUCACUAUACCCCACUCCCUCUAACAUGUAAACUCACUGAGCAGGGCCUCAAUCCCUCUGUUACUGUGUCACUAUAUCCCACUCCCUCUAGCAUGUAAGCUCACUGAGCAGGCCCUCAAUCCCUCUGUUACGGUGUCACUAUACCCCACUCCCUCUAACAUGUAAGCUCACUGAGCAGGGCCCUCAAUCCCUCUGUUACUAUGUCACUAUACCCCACUCUCUCUAGCAUGUAAGCUCACUGAGCAGGGCCUCAAUCCCUCUGUUACUGUGUCACUAUACCCCACUCCCUCUAACAUGUAAGCUCACUGAGCAUCACCCUCAAUCCAUCUGUCACUGUGUCACUAUACCCCACUCCCUCUAAAAUGUAAACUCACUGAGCAGGGCCCUUCCUCUGUUACUGUGUCACUAUACCCCACUCCCUUUAACAUGUAACCUCACAGAGCAGGGCCCUCAAUCCCUCUGUUACUGUGUCACUAUACCCCACUCCCUCUAAAAUGUAAACUCACUGUAACCUCACAGAGCAGGGCCCUCAAUCCCUCUGUUACUGUGUCACUAUACCCCACUCCCUCUAAAAUGUAAACUCACUGAGCAGGGCCCUUCCUCUGUUACUGUGUCACUAUACCCCACUCCCUCUAACAUGUAACCUCACUUAGCAGGGCCCUCAAUCCCUCUGUUACUGUGUCACUAUACCCCACUCCCUCUAACAUGUAAACUCACUGAGCAGGGCCCUCAAUCCCUCUGUUACUGUGUCACUAUACCCCACUCCCUCUAACAUGUAAACUCACUGAGCAGGCCCUCAAUCCCUCUGUUACUGUGUCACUAUACCCCACUCCCUCUAACAUGUAAACUCACUGAGCAGGGCCCUCAAUCCCUCUGUUACUGUGUCACUAUACCCCACUCCCUCUAACAUGUAAGCUCACUGAGCAGGGCCCUCAAUCCCUCUGUUACUGUCACUAUACCCCACUCCCUCUAGCAUGUAAACUCAUUGAGCAGGGCCCUCAAUCCCUCUGUUACUGUCACUAUACCCCACUCCCUCUAACAUGUAAGCUCACUGAGCAGGGCCCUCAAUCAUACAGGGGUAUGACUAUAGUGUCAUAACUUUUCUAUCAGACCCGUUUGAGUAUUUCCGCAACAGGUAUUUUUAUAUAUUAAAAUAUAUCAAGCCUGUUAUUAAUCCAUCAAACAUCUAUCACCAAUGGGGAUUAAAAAAAAAAAAAAAAGUUUUUAAUCACACAUCGAGCAUGUUAUACUUAUUAAAACCUCUUUUUUGUGCUAGUCAAUGUUCUCUGUUGUUCUAUUUAAAUUGCUAGUAAAUGUGUGCGUUCAUUUAUUCGCCUGUGAAUCAUUCUUGAGUGUAACACAUAAGCCGGUGAUUUAUCUGGCACAUCUUAGAGGCUAAAUGUUAUGUUGGGUACAUUUAAUUAUACAGUGACAUUCGGCCUUUGUUCUACAAUCCUUAGGAAUUGCAAAGCAGAUAUGGUUUGAAGUCUACAUAAACUGUAUCAUUUUACUGCUCUUAUUAAAGCUGGUACCAGUGAUAUAGGUACACAGUGAGUGCCCAGGCAUUGCUCUUAUUAAAGCUGGUACCAGUGAUCUAGGUGCACAGUGAGUGCCUAGACAUUGCUCUUAUUAAAGCUGUACAGGUACAUAGUGAGUGCCCAGGCAUUGCUCUUAUUAAAGCUGGUACCAGUAAUAUAGGUACAUAGUGAGUGCCCAGGCAUUGCUCUUAUUAAAGCUGGUACCAGUGAUAUAGCUACACAGUGAGUGCCCAGGCAUUGCUCGUAUUAAAGCUGGUACCAGUAAUAUAGGUACAUAGUGAGUGCCCAGGCAUUGCUCAUAUUAAAGCUAGUACCAGUGAUAUAGGUACACAGUGAGUGCCCAGGCAUUGCUCUUAUUAAAGCUGGUACCAACAUUGCCCUGGGCUGUAACACCACUAAUAAAACAUAUUAAUAGUCCAUACAUGGGUUCACACUCCAUACAUGUACAUAUUAGGGGUUGGCCAGAUUAUGUUAGCUAUGAAUGAUAAGAUGUAACAAUUGCUGUUUCUUUCUAGCUAAAGCUUUGUUUUUUUGUGUUUCACUUUAUUUAAUUUUUUACCAAUUUAUCCCAGUUGAACUAACAUUUUAAGAAAACUUUUUGCAUCUUAUGAAUACAUAAGGCUUGCUGUAGUUUCGUACUUAGUGUCAGGUGCAGCAAAACAUCAGUAAUUCAACAUAAGCAAGACAAGGAAAAACCCCAAAUCUCCAAGACUGCAACCUGGGCAGUUUUGGGGGCUUGUCUGGUGAACUAUGCUUUUAUACAUCUGCAUAGUAUUUCAUUUCGAUUACAGGCUUACUCUGUGUCAUAUGGAGUGGAAUUGUCUGGUGUUGUAUGAUGUGGUUAAUCACCUGAAAGGCUCAUCCAAAAUGUUAAAUUAAACAAGUUCAUCCGGUUUAUUCAUUGCAGUUAAAUAACAAGGUAAGCUUUUUAUUUUCUAAAGCUAAUUUGAAUGUCAGCCAGUUAGCAAAUACAGAAACCUAAUUUUUACUACUGAAUGGACAGUGAGUAGGGUUCAGGAGGGGGUGCUGGAUAAUCUAAAACAUACAAAAUCCGGGAGACUGACAUUCGAGAGCCAGAGCACAGGCUCAGGCAAUGCAGCAAGAUAGUUUGCUUUUUACCAAAUAGGGGAAAACGCAAGGAUUCUAUCCUAAUAAAACGAGGUUCAAGCAUAACAGAUAAAGAGAAACAAAGGUCCUCCCACCUCAACACCCAUUACUUUGUACCUGUGCUACUCUGAGCAAAAUAGAUUAAAAUUCAAAAUAGGUCCAAGUGUGAGAAUAAACAUUAUGUACUUUCUGCAGUUGUUGACAGUUACUCACUGCUACUCACAGUAAGAGGUUUCUUAAAUUUCCUUACUAUGACCCAUGUUCUGUUCUGAAGGCUAAUUUCAGCUCUCUGUUUGCAGUGGCAAUGGCCGAACUUUGCCGCCUUUCCACUGCUCCUCUGACAGCCGUAGAUGAUUGAGUGGAGUAUGAACUGAGACUGUCAGACGACACUGAGAGCAAAGCAGUUUGUUGCUACAAAGAUACAUGCUUGUUGUACAUUGUAAGGUGGUUACAGCAGUUUACUGUUAGUUUAGCAAACAGAAAUAAAGAUAACCCCUUGAUAUUGGAGAUUAAAGUGGCUCCUUAACAGAGAACUGUGGUUCCCCUCCAGCUUAGCAGGUUACAUGUGUUGCGGACAAUGCAGCAGGAAGGAGUGUGUCAAAGUGCCAGUAGGUUAGAUUGUCCUUUGCAGGUGGCUGGAAGUAAAGGGUUAGCGAUCCAGAUGUACAACUGUCUUCCUGUGUCUCAGCAUGACAAUCGCAUCUGUCAUCACUACACCUGACAACAUUACCCUAUUAAUGUAUUGUCUUAUUAAACCCUAACAGUGAUGUCGUUAGCACUACUCUUGGCAAUAUGCAUAACACUAGGAAUGUGCUUAUUACACUUAAAACAAAAUUGCAUUGUUUCAGAACUAUUUAUUGUCAAAUUUUGUUUUGACAUAACAUGUCAAUGUAGAUGAUUUAAAUGAUAUAAUGAUAAACAUGUUUUAUUUUAGAGACAAGCUACGGAAACAAACCGCUGUUCCUGCCUUUGUUUCCUCUCACCUUCCAGGUGCUUCAUUUAUCUUCCAGCGGGUCUUUUUAAAAAGUUUUUUUUAUUUUAUUUUUUUAAAUAUUGCACCAGUUAGCAACUUACAUUCACAAGCUCCCAUACUGCACAUUAAACACAGUAUCCAAUAAUAGUCAUAUUUGCUGGUAAUCAUAUGUAGCUUGCUGGUGGCCAGCUACUAGUCCAGAGUUUGUUGCCUUUUGGUAUCAAAAAUAUAUUUAUAUUGGCAGCAGCCAUAAACAUUCUUGAAGAUAGAUGUACAUAGUCUUAAUGUGCAUCCCCAAUUUACAUGAUCCUUACUCCAAAGACCCUUCUCCCUGUAUUAAUUUAUUUUGCACCAUACAGGGACCCUCCAAGCACCAUAAUCAGUACAGUGUACUGGUACCAGGGAUGACCAGAGGCCUCCCCAGUGUAAGUAGUAAAACCAUUGCUUUUUACAUAGGUCAAUCCUUCUAAGAGAGCCUGAAGCUUCGUCAUGGAGUUUACGUUAGUGUCAGAUGAUCACUGUGAGCCAGUGAACUAAGCUUUUAGCUCUCAUAGAGGAGGUGACUGGUACCCUGCAGCUCCCAACAGGUAAGUUGUCAAAUUGUUACCUAAUGGUUUCACUAUUUAUAGGGGGAGGAGGGAGCAAGACACUCUACAGCACACUGAGAGGGUGAUGGUGCCUGGAGUGUUCUUUAACAUGUCACAACACUGUCUCUGUCUGUGAACUUUGAAAAAUUCCCAUUUCUACCCUUUGAUCCUCCAUACUGAAGAAAAAAACCCUGUAUAUUAGGACUCAAUGGUAAGGACUGUUCAAGCUGCAAGAUUUUGACUAAAGUGGUUUUUUAUUUGUAUGAGCAAGGUUAAGAGAUAGUAAGAGAAGAGAAAGUGAUUUUUUUAUUAUAAUUUAUUUAAUGGGCAUAGAAAACAACCCUUAAAGGACCACUCUAGGCACCCAGACCGAUUCAGCUUAAUGAAGUGGUCUGGGUGCCAGGUCCAGCUAGGGUUAACCCAUUCUUUCAUAAACAUAGCAGUUUCAGAGAAACUGCUAUGUUUAUGAAUGGGUUAAGCCUUCCCCCUAAUCCUCUAGUGGCUGUCUCAUUGACAGCCACUAGAGGCGCUUGCGUGCUUCUCACUGUGAUUUUCACAGUGAGAGCACGCCAGCGUCCAUAGGAAAGCAUUAUGAAUGCUUUCCUAUGUGACCGGCUGAAUGCGCGCACAGUUCUUGCCGCGCGUGCGCAUUCAGCCGACGGGGAGGAGAAGAGGAGGAUCGGAGGAGGAGAGCUCUCCGCCCCGCGCUGGAAAAAGGUAAGUUUUAACCCCUUUCCAGAGCCGGGCUGGAGGGGGACCCUGAGGGUGGGGGCACCCUCAGGGCACUAUAGUGCCAGGAAAACGAGUAUGUUUUCCUGGCACUAUAGUGGUCCUUUAAGAAGCAGAGGAUAGCCGUCAUACAGGUCUAUCAAUUUGUCGUGUGGUGGUUAGUUCUACAUACAGUGAAUGUUUAUCUAUUUUUAAGAUUUUUAUUUGGCUACUGUGCAUGGAGCAAAUUAUACAUGUCCCUUCUUAUUGGACAUAUUAACUAUUUUUAGUGGAAAAAUAAAGCUUUAAUGCAAUACAUUAUGUGCCUGUCUCCUCUCCCUGUACUGUUUUAAGUGCAUUACCUGUUCAUUUUUUUCUUUUUUAUAGUAUUGUUACUUCAGGGCUCGACAGUUGCCAGGUUGCCAUGGCGACUAGAAAUUUCGCCCUGGCGCCUGGGGUGUCAGCCCUUUAAUUAAGACGCCCACCCGAGGGAGCAUUGAAGCCGGCUACGGUGGAGAAUACUGGAGCCGGCCGGCUCAGGGGUUACAUUGACCCUAUUCUUUAUAUGGCUGUGGCAGCAUGGGGGCCGUCUGCCUACAGAAGCAAGGGGGCCACCCACCCACGGGAUCAUUGUAGGCAGCAUGCGAGGGAGCAAUAAUCUACCUUCUGCGCCCGCUUGCGCUGUUUAAUGAUGCCGGGAGCCAGAAUAUGACGUCACUCCGGACAGUGCAUCACUACAGAGAGAGCGAGGGAGCAGAGAUGAGAUGCAGGAAGAGAGCAGCCCCAUUGGACCCCAGGGAAAAAUCCACUCAGCUCUCCCAAAGGUAGGGAGGCUGUGUGGAUUUCCGUUAACAUACAAAAUGUCAGUUUUGUGUGUGUGUGUGUGUGUCUGUCAGUGUGUGUUUCUCUAUCAGUGUGUGUUUGCAUGCCUGACAAAGAGCAUGUGUGCCCCUGUCAGAGAAUGUGUGUGUGUAUAGGUACCUGCCCCCCUCCAAUCGCACGACAAGGAUGUAUUUACUCGCCUUUUAUCCCACACCAUGCCGAUUUCACUUUGGCUGGUCCUGCCUCCAUUAAUGAGAUCAUCCACCUUUAUGAUCUCAACUAAGCCAAUACUUUCCUCAUAGAGAUGUUUUGAAUCUAUGGGGAACGUUCAACACCUCCAUGCAGAGCGUGGAAACGCCGAAAGUAGGUGCUGCACACAGUGUUUACGUUGAAAGGUCUACAGGUACAGGCUAUAGACACCAGAAUAACUACAUUAAACUGUAGUGGUUUUGGUGUCUAUAGUGUCCGUUAUGAAUUGCAUUUUUCUCAUUGAAAACUAAACAAAAUUCUUUAUAAAGAAAACUGGCUUCUAACUUUUUUAUCUGGCUCCUAGUUUCCAGAGAAAUUUGUGAAGCCCUGUGUAACAUAAUUGUUCAUAAUAUUGUUAUACAUCAAAAUGUUGUUUUUGUUGAUGUUUUACUCCAUGGAAAAAUUCUACUCAGGAGAAAAGCAUAUUCUUUUGAGAUUAUUGUAAAGUGUAUUUUUCCUGACCAUGUCCCCAUCAAGUUUUAAUAUAUUUAUGCACAGACAGACAUCGCCGACUCUCUGUAUUUAUGGCCCUGCACACAGCAAGAAUAUGCUUAGUGAAUCUUCUGAACCGCUUUUAUAUUAUGUGCUUUCAGCUGGCUUUUUUUCAGAUUAUGCUUACACUUCUUUUUGUUGAUUGCUUUUAGGCUAGAGUGACCGAUAUAUAUCAGUUGGAUAGAAAAUACUCUUAAAAAGAGUUGCAAAAUUACCCUUACUGCGCCCAAGUGGGAGCACAUUUAAAAAUCUACGUUCUAAACUUUCACGGAUUAUUUUUUCUUAAGUGAACCUGUCAUUACUUCUGAAUUGCCUCGGUCUGGGAGAUGUACAGUGUGCGGACUGAAUUGUUUCCAGGUGUAUAGAUCAAGAUAAGUUUUUGCUGAGCAGAUAUCACUGGCAGCAGUUAUACGGAUGCACAAUGCAGGCGGUAGUUUGUUGCCAUAUGUAGUGCUUGUUUAAGGCAGGCAGUUAGAUGAAAUUCAUUGUGGCUACUCUUUCAUCGGAUUUUAUUAUUAACAUCGCUGUUAUUGUAGUGUCAAUCUCUAAAGUAGUAAUAUUCCUAACUUACCUUAAUCAGCCUCAAUAUCUGUAAACUUUGUUUUUGGAGGACUGGACAGAUGAGAAUUGUAAACUACAUGAAGAAAGCAGAUUCCUGCAAUGCAGCAGUGCUAUAUCGACCUGAAUACAAGUUGGCAUCUAAAUGAAAUACAUUUUGUAAUGAUCUUCCUUACUGAAUGGCACUUAUACAUAUCUUAUUAUGUAGCUUUGUAUUAUAGAUAUGCCAGAGUACCUUACAUUGCAGACACAAACAACAAAACAUCAUAUCACAACACGGUACUUGUAAGUAUAAUACAUACCAGUAUGCACCUUCCUAAUUGCAAUGAACUCAGUGCUGUUAUGGAGUAAGAUGAGAUGAUUGAUGAUUUUCUCUGUUUUGCUGGUCAGCCUGCAGGCCAGUCUGUGAGCAGGCAGAUGGCGAGACUUACUUGCCUUUCCAGAGGUGUGAGCACCUUAAUGCACGAGUACUAACAUUUCCCCAUAUGCUGUUGCACUAAUAACCCAGAAAUUGAUGUGAGCUUUUGUUCAGUGAUAUCUGGGCUGGCAGAGAUUCCCACUCCUGCCUAAAUGCAAUACCUAAAUCUUAAAAUCAUGUGUGCUACAUGUGCUUGUCACGUGUUUCCAGCAUGUUGAAAGGAUAUUCACACACGUUACACGUGAGCAUUGUAGCACACAAGUCACAUCUGCGAGCUGCCGUUGUUGCAUAUAAUGUUCUCCCAUCCAACUGUAUGGAGUGCUGUAUGCAUGUUAUGCUGUUAACGAAUCGUUAUCAAUGCACCUCCUGUCUCCACAUGUCUGCAAAGAUUAUCAUAUGCUGUGUUCAUUGAAUGUCUGUUUAACAACCAAAGAUGUGUCUAGAACUAGGUGCAAUUUCUGUAUUUUCAGUGAUUGCAAAUGUUAACAUUAGAAUUUAGGUAUCUUCACACCUCAGCAAUCUAACCAUGAAAAUGACCUAUUUUUGCUUCUUCUGGAUGUGGGAUUUAUGGGAUUAGAAAACCCCCAUAGAUCACAACGAGGGGAUCCUAAUUGAUGAAGACCCUUCCUGCUCUGGGGGUGGACCAGCUGCAGAACUUUCCUUCUUUGUUUUAAAUAUUCUUUGUACAUUUAUUUAUUAUGUAUAUUGAGGUAAAUUCCUGCAUAUUGGGUCCUUUUUAAGUUGAUUGUAUUUUUUUUCCCUUUCUGCCUGUUAAAGGGGAAAUCCAGGGACUAAAAUAGCAUAUUUGCAUUCUAGUAAUUCAAUAAUAGGAAGAUAUGUAUAGCCCCCUUGAGUGCCCCUCUGACAUUACUCUUGUUUUAGAAUAGAGGUUGCAUGAGUGUGCAGCUCUGUGUUCACUAGUGCAUAUUUCCCCAUAAAAUCACUAGGAUCCUCGUGCAUAACUACAGUACAGCCAAGUAUAUAGAUGUAGUAGGUUUAUUGUUUUCUAAGGGUGAGCACUGAGUAUGGAGGUCCUUCUUCCUUUGAUUUCUGAAAGCAAACAGGGGAUUGGCUGAUAUAUCGCAGGCACUUCCUGGUGGUAGCAGAGGUCUCUAAAUUCUACUGGAGUGAAACCUUCUCUUGUGUUGUCUUUUUAUUAAUAUUAUUUUUUAAUAAACAUACAUUCAUGUGUAUUACUUUAGAAAGAAAGAAAAAAAAAAGAGGAAAUUGGUUAUGAAUGUCCUAUAUAGGUAAGUUUAGUUUUCUGUUUUUAAUUCUAUAAAAAUACAGAGUAGUAGUCGUGAUGCAAGUGGUAUAGCAGGGUAGGAUAGUUUUCUAUGCAAAGUCUCUGUGAAAUGUUUAGAAUAAGAUGCACAACCAGUCAGGACUGUGCUGUAUGGAUAAACAUAUUCUAAUAGCAAGAUGCGUGUGUAAAACAAGUUGGCGUGGGCUAGCUUAAACAGGUUAGGAAUGCAAUACUUGCUUAUUUGCAUUUUUCUCCACCUGGCGUUUUCUGAAGAGCUAUCUCAUGCUCCCAACUCGUGACAUCGUUUAACUGUAUUGGUUGGAGCACUUCACCCCUCCAGAUAGAGUGUAGUUAUUUAAUAUGCUUAAUUAGCUUUCAAGUCUUGUUGUAUAAAAACUCUAGAUGCUUUCACCCAUUGGAUGAGAACACUUCUCCUGGCUACUAAAUAACCCCUUGCCUUGUGCAAAAUUAUAUAUGUUGUUGUUGUUGUUGUCAUAUUUCCCCCUCCCUCUCCAAGUCUAAAAUAAAACUGCUUCCAUUUAGUAUGCUAAAGAUUUCUUCCUGGUUAUUUAUAUAUUUAAUUGCUAUUAUUGGUCACACCUUGUGAGAUAGAAGAUGAGAUCCUGCUUUUAAAGACCCUGUUAUACGGGAGAAUUCCUGCAGCAUUAUGCUUUUGUUAUAUCACAAUGUAUAAAGCUGGUAUGAGGAUUGAUUCAAAGGCCACUGAUAUUUCCCAGGCUCUGUUUGACAUUAUUACAGUUACAGACAUUUUUGGCAAGCAGGAGUUUUUUAAAAGUGUGCACCUUUCAUAGUUUUUUUCCCCCUCGCAUAGGCCUGGCACUGCAGCCAAAUACAUAGCGAGGCAUGGGUCUAUUUUAAACCAGAUGGCUCACAAAGGUAUGCCUGCGAUCCGUGACCCACCUCUGACUCACCAUGCCUCCAGAGGAAGAUUUAAAAAGGACAUGUGUGUGUCUUAAAUAAAUAAUCAACCUAACAUAAAUGUCCGUGCAUAUAAAGCCAUAGAUGCAGAUCCUCACAGCGAUGGUUAUUGAAAAAUUAAAAGAGUGAGUCUGUCUGUCAGUGAGUGUGUCUGUUUACGUUACCAGUCCCACUUCCGAUCGCAUGGGGAAAAUGUUUUUUCUCACCUAUUUACCAUGCUGUGCCUGUCUCACCGCGGGUUGCCUUGCCUCCAUGGCUGAGAUAAUCAGUCUUGAUGUCCUAAGCCAAUCUAAUGCUUUCCUAUCGGAAAGUAUUGAAGGGCCAUUGCGCAUGCGCAACAAUACACCACGCUGCCCCAAUCAGCAUCUCUGUAGGGAAGAUUCAGCACCUCCAUGAAGAACAUGGAGACACUGAAGCACCUGGAGUAGGAAGCACCUCUAGUGGCCGUCUGACUAACUCUCAUUAGAGCUGUUAUUAGGCAGUAAUGUAAACACUGCAUUUUCUCAGAAAAGGCAUGUUAAAUUGAAAAGCCUGCAGGGACUUACCAUAGACACCAGAACCAUUACAUUAAACUUUAGUGGUUAUGGUGACUAUAGUAUCCCUUUACAAAUAGUUUUUCUGUCACUAAAAACAAAGCUUUGUUAUUUUUUUUAACAGAAAAAUCUGGCUCCUAGAUUGAAAGUAAAUUUGCAUAGCCCUGCUGUAACCUUUUUAUUGACUUACGGAGCUUGUUGAUAUUUGUAUGUAUGUGUAUUAACCCCUUAAGACCGGAGGGCGUACUAUUAUGCCCUAUUUUAGGUGGCUCUAAACGCCGCCGGGCGUAUUAGUACGCCCUCCGGUCUUUCCUUAAUUACCCGGUCGCCGGCUGUCCCAGGGAGCCCCCCCGCAGCAGAUAAAAAAAAUUAUAAAAAAAUAUAUAGAUGUGUGUUAUUUCGUUCUUACUAUAUUGUUUUAUUAAUAUAUAUAUAUUUAUAUCAAAAUACACGUAGAACGAAAUAAUAUAUAUCACUAUAUAUAUACAUAUAUAUAAAUACAAAUAUUUUUUUUUAAAUUAUAUAUAUAUAUAUAUAUAUACACACAUAUAUAUUCACAUACGUAUAUAUUAAUUCUACAUAUAUAUUUAUGUAAUAUUUUUACAUAAUUGGGUAUCUUAAUUAAUUACAAUUAGCGGGACCUGCCUGACAACCCAUGCCGAAAGUAAAGGGAAUUUAAUUUGCUAGCACUAUAUUUAACCCUAUAACUUUCCAAGACACCAUAAAACCUGUACAUGGGGGGUACUGUUCUACUCGGGGGACUUCGCUGAACACAAAUAUUAGUGUUUCAAAACAGUAAAAUGUAUUACAACGAUGAUAUCGCCAGUAAAAGUAACGUUUUUUUGCAUUUUUCUCGCACAAACAGCACUUACACGGACGAUAUUAUUGCUGCGAUACUUUUUACACAACAAAAGUUGCAGCGUCAAAUAUAAGGUUUGUGUUUCAUUUUUUUCACGUUAAAAUUUGCCAGAUUGGGUACGUUGCCUUUGAGACCCUAUGGUAGCCCAAGAAUGAAAAUACCCCUAUGAUGGCAUACCAUUUGCAAUAGUAGACAACCCAAAGUAUUGCAAACAGGGUAUGUCCAGUCUUUUUUAGAAUCCACUUAGUCACAAACACUGGCCAAAAUUGGCGUUUUUUGCAUUUUUCACACACAAACAAAUACUAACGCUAACUUUGGCCAGUGUUUGUGACCAAAUGGCUACUAAAAAAGACUGGAUAUACCCCAUUUGCAAUACCUUGGGUUGUCUACUAUUGCAAAUGGUAUGCCAUUAUGGGUGUAAAUUUCAUUCCUGGGCUACUAUAAAGUCCCAAAGGCAACGUAACCAAUCUGGCGAAUUUCAAUUUCAAAUGUAACGUGCUAUAUUUGACCCUGUAACUUCCCAAAACGCCAUAAAACCUGUACAUAGGGGGUACUGUUUUACACGUGAGACUUUGCUGAAUACAAAUAUGUGUAUUUUAUUGCAGUAAAAGCAAACAGUAUUAUGACAUUGACAGUUAAAAUGUCAUGUAGAACACAAAAAAUCUUUUCUCCCAUUUUUUCAUAUUAAAUUAUGUUUCAUAGCUAAAUAUUUGAUAUUAAAUGAAAGCCCUGUUUCCCCUGAAUAAAAUGAUAUAUAAUAAGGGUGGGUGCAUUUAAUAUGAAAGAGGUGAAUUACGGUUGGACAGACAUGUAGCGCAAAUGCCAGGUUUUGUUUACAUUUUGUUUCGUUCACAACGUGUACAUUUGGCUCCGUCCUUAAGGGGUUAAUGUUAGACACCACUACUUAUGUAAUUAUUUGGAUGUGACUUUAUGUUGUCACACCAUCUUACCAGAGUAUAAAUGCAAAGUCAGGUAAUCAAAAACCAUCAUUCAAAGGUCACUCUGGAGUUCUGCUUUAGGAAGGGACUGUAAAAUGUGCAGCAAAAGGAUUUCUUCUUCAUGCAUUUUAAAAAUAAAAAUAAAAGUAGCUUGGUAUUUGCAUGAACAUUUAAGGGGCAUGGCUCUCUGGUGCCCCUGGGCUGUCAGCAAUGGGUUAGUUAAUAAAUAAGGCAGCUUUUAUUUGGUGGCCACAUGAUUUUAUAUAGUCUACUCCACAGUGUUGUACAGUGUGUGUGAACGCAGAUGUGUAUGUGUGUAUUGGAGAUGGCCAAAAUGUUUUUAUUUACUUCAGUUUAUUAUCUUUAUAUAUGUAUAUUAAUCCUCAUAACAAAUGAUUAAUAAAAAAUAAAAUAAUUAAAAGAUAGAAGCAAAUGUGAAUAAGAUUUAUCCGUGGCUCUGGAGUGUAUUACAUAAAUAUGUAUGUAAAUAAUGUUUUUGUAAUUGUGGUUAAAUAUACACCGAUUGGCAAUAUGCUAGUGCAGGUAUAGGAAAAAGUCCAAUGUAUGUGUGUUUUACAAUGAUUGCCAUCUGCUUCUAUUUUCCUUUUUUGAGAAUAACUUGUAUUUGCAAACCAAAUCCAGGGCAUUUGCAUGAGCGUGUCAUUGUUUGAAUGUAAGAAAAUGAAAUGAGCUGAAAAUAUUCAGAAUUGUCUUUUUUUUUUUUCUGUUGCAGAUUUUGCGCGAUCACAACUCCACUGCACUUCAGAAUGGGGGUGAAGACGUUCACUCACAAUUCUCCGGCACAUAGCCAGGAAAUGUUGGGAAAACUGAACAUGUUGCGUAAUGAUGGACACUUUUGUGACAUCACUAUACGUGUCCAGGAUAAGAUUUUCAGAGCUCACAAGGUGGUCUUGGCAGCCUGUAGUGAGUUCUUUCGCACGAAGUUGGUGGGCCAAGCAGAGGAGAGUAGCCAGUGCAUACUGGACUUGCACCAUGUCACGGUGACAGGAUUUAUACCUCUAUUGGAGUAUGCAUACACAGCAACAUUAUCCAUCAACACAGAGAAUAUCAUUGACGUCUUAGCUGCUGCAAGUUACAUGCAGAUGUUUAGUGUUGCAAGCACCUGUUCAGAGUUUAUGAAGUCCAGUAUUUUAUGGAACACUCAACCAGAGAAAGUGCUCGACACAGGGCAGGAAAACACUGCCAACUGCAAUAAUUUUCGAGACGGUAGCCUUUCUCCGGUCUCUUCGGAAUGUAGUGUUGUAGAGAGGACCAUACCCAUAUGUCGAGAGUCCCGUCGCAAGCGGAAAAGCUACAUCGUCAUGUCUCCAGAGAGCCCUUUGAAAUGCAGCACACAAACCAGCUCUCCACAAGUGCUAAACCCUACACCUUCUUACAGUGAAGCACGGAGUCAGCCGGUAGACUCAUCACAUGCCUUCCCUUGGACUUUUCCAUUUGGAAUUGACCGCCGGCUUCAGCCAGACAAGGUGAAGCAGAUAGAGUCCAGAACAUUAGAAUUGCCAGGACCUUCUGAAGUUGCCCGAAGGGUAACAGACUACGUUGCCUGUGAAAGCACUAAAGCCAAUUCUCCAUUGGUGAUGGAGGAUGACGUACGAGUCAAAGUGGAAAGACUUAGUGACGAGGAGGUGCAUGAAGAGGUCUCUCAGCCUGUCAGUGCAUCUCAAAGUUCAAUGAGUGACCAGCAGACUGUUCCUGGAAGUGAACAAGUGCAGGAGGACCUGCUGAUUAGCCCUCAGUCUUCUUCCAUAGGUAAUGUACUCAUCAUUUUAGCAUACAUUAACUACACAUCUCAGCAUCUCAUCACAAAACUAGCAAACAUUAAGGUUUAUUUGAGUAUAGACGAUUUAGAAUCAUUUUUAUUUACAAACAAAACAUCAGACCUAUUAUUUUCUCUUUCUAAGUCCUGUUGGUGUUAAUUAAGAGUUGACAGAUGAAAACUGCGACAUCUGCUUUUAACAUCAACAGAAUAAUGAUAAAAAAUAGUUUUGUCUUUCUUUACAAUAUCAGGAAACAAUAUUUACCCCGCUUAAAAUGAUCUUUAUUGAAGUCAUUGUCAGAUAAUAUUGUCCUAGUCAAGUAUCAGUUUGUUUUAAUUGGGGGUGGGGGUGACAAAACUGAAACCUAAGGCCCUCAGUGUCGUGUCCCAGCCUCUCCAUGCAUCUCAUCUCCCCCGCAUGUCUCAUUCCCCCAGUCCCCCAUGUGUCUCAAUUCCUCCCCUCAGUCCAUCCACAUUCCUCCCAAGCCCCUCCAUGUGCUCAGUUCCCUCCCCAGCUCCCCCCAUGUGUCUCAAUCCCCCAGCUCCCCCCCCCCAUAUGUCUCAUGUCCUCUCCUCCCUCCCCCAUGUGUAUUACUCACCAGUGUUCUUUUUAGUUUUAGUCAUAUUUUAGUGAUCUGAAUUGUUUGUUUUAGUCGACAUAACUCCAAAUUUGUUAGUCGACUAAAUCUGAUAAAAACUGUUAGUUGACGAAAUUAUCACUUUUCACCUGUGUACUAGGAUUUGUGGAAUGCAAUUUGCGUUUGUGGUGCUAUGGUGUGCAUGCAGGAAAUCUGCAUCUAACAGUCAACUUUUAUUUAUGUCUUACGUACAAGUCAGAUAUUCAAUUCACCUUUUAAACAGAUAAAUAAACAAGUGUUCCAUAUGAAAGAAAUAAUAUAUAACAUUAUUCUCACAUACUCAGUAUAUACACAUUAUACAUAUAUUUGCAUAGAAAUAUUUGUUUUCUUAAAAAAGGAAGAUAAAAGAUGGUUGAACAUUGAGUGGUACAAUAUCAAACUACUAUAAAAAUGUAAAACACAAUUGUGACCUAAUCAUUGUGCCUAAAACAUCAAGCCCUUCCUCAUGUCAAAGCUUGAUCAUAGACUUCGUUAGUUCCCACGUUUUCCAUGCAUUUUCCAAGCCUGGUAUAUUUGAGUGAGGUUUUUUUUUAGUUUACUUUUUUUUUGAGCUUUUAGUAAUAAAACAUCCUUUUGAAAAGGUAAAGUAGAAGAUUUCCAGUGUAUCGGUUUCGUUGUUAAAGCUGCUAUUACAGUUUGUUUUAUUAAAGGAACACUAUGGGCACCAUAACAACUUCAUUGAAAUUAGGCAUGUUAACUGAGGAUAAAUAAUAAGACCGUAAUAGUACAGGGUGUUUACUCAUUUGUUUGACACAUAUUCUCAAGCUGAGAAGAUGGGAGACCUCAAAAAUGCCCCAAAAGCAGAGCCCUGUAAAUAAAUCUGCAAUAUAUGCACUUGCUGGUGAAUUCACCAGCGCAGUGUAUAUAUAUUAUAUAUUUACCUACCAGGAUGUGAUUGUGUCAUCCACAAAAUGUGUUCACUUCAAUGAAAUUUGGAGACCGUGAAUAGAAAACCUCUGUGUUUAUUUAGUUAGUAUUUUCGGAAAUCCCUGUACUCCAGUGACUUCUGCUGAAACUAAGACCUAAUUCUGUCCUGCAAUACUGCCCUAUUUUGUGAUAUUUUUGUAUCACUGCUUCUCUGCCUGAGUGAUAUCAUUAUAUUAAUACUUGUAAAAAACCUUAAUAAACACUGUUUAACCCCACAAUUUCACUGACUGAUCCUUUUCAUGUGGACUAAGCUUGGCAAUGAAAUUCUCUGUAACUGAACAAUGUCACAAUGUGUUUUAAUAGGCAAAAUAAACAAAACCUAUUUUUAUUAACAUUUAAUGACUGAAGCAGUUUACCAUUUUUAUUGUGUGUUUAUUUAGCAGUAAUUUCCCUCUCUCAAUAAAUGCCACCACCCACAUAUUGUUUUUAAUAGUGGCUUUUUAUACGCUGAAAUUUCCCACAUAUGAGAUGCAGUUGUAUAUUUUGGUUAAAGGAACACUAUAGGAUUGUCCCUAAAUAUAUACAGUCCCCCACUCUUUUUCCAAUCAAAUAAAUAAUUUGCUCACCUUUAUGCAGCAUCAAGUCUCCCUCGGUGCUGCUCACCACUUUGCCUUCUGUGAUGUCAUUGAUGUUGUAUCAGAGGCAUGGCUUCCUCUGCCUUUAGUGGCUGUCAGGUUACCAUUGCCUUUACUGUGAAGCGGCAACAUUUUACCUUGGGGUGUUCAACAUACACCACUGCACCUAUACCACUUCACUAAGAUGACUUUAGUGGUCCUUUAAUAGUGAAUCCAGUUCUGUAGGAUUUGAUCAUAUUAGUGAUCAGGCAAUAAAUUAUUAUUUGUGUUGUGAUUUAUAAUAUACAGUGGUCAUGUGAAGUAGUUCAGGAUUUAUUUAUUUUUGGUUCACUUGUUCCUUUAAUGUGACCAUUAAUUACGCUGUUUGAUACAUCCAGUGUUACAGUGCCAUUGUAGGAUUCUAUUCUGUUGGUAGCAUAUACCCAUUAUCUGUCGCAUAAUGCAAAUUCCUGCUUAAAGUGGAACAUUCAUCUACAAUUGUUUAGCAGGCAAGGGCUCAUAUAAGAUAUAUUUAAAGGGACAUCCUAAGCACUGGCAACCUACAGCCUGCUUGGUUUUGGUGCCUGGUGUCCCAUGUUGCCAUUUCACUGUUACAAUUCAAAGUGUUUUUGAGUGGUUUGUCACUUGCCCUGGUGCUCCAGGUGCCAGCCAUCUGGUCCCUCUUCACAGAUAUGGCCAAAGCAAAAGGCCUUGCUUCUGCAACAGCAUUACAAUUUCCAUCCGUCCUUGGAUAGAAUUAGUAUUGGUAUCAGAUGACAUUCCUCAGCCUGCAAACUGCAUCCAGUUCUGGACAAAUUCUGCUUUAGUGAUAUCUUUGAAGAAGGCUCAGACAGAAGUCGAAAAUUGUUUUAUUCUUGACAAUUGGAUAGACCACUAUAUCAAGCUGUAACGGUUACAGUGCGGUUACAUAGAGCUGCAAUAACAAAUUCAUCCUCAAAUAUAUAGAUGGAAUUGUACACUUUUCUGAGGUUUAGAUGCUGUGCACUCCCACAAUGCAUUGUUGUGCCAGCGUGUCAUAUUUACAUGUUAGGGACUAUCUUUUAAUAAAUACCGAGCUGAGGGCUGCCUAGUUUGUAAACAUGCAAUGCCUCCCACAACGUGUUCAUUACUAAUCCAGAUCAAGUGCGUAAGCAUGAGUACACAGCAUUCACAAGCAGUGACCGCUUCGUUUUGUCUUCCUAAUAUCCCAUUGUUAAGGAAUGUUCAACAAUCAAACAAUAUGUUUGGCAUUGCAGGAAAAUGCCUCAUUUCACUUGUAUUUUAUUUAUUUAUGAACCUAGUUUCACAAAUACAGCAGAGAAAUCAAAUACUUUCCACUUGGAUGUGGCAUAUUGUUAGCAGAGUGUCAUCAAGAAAUAUUCUUUGCUGUAAUGUCUGUCCCAGAGGGUAGUAGGCUGUUAGCAGCAUUGUCAAAUCCUUUCUUUUUCGAAAGCUGGUAAAAGUCCAAACAAGUUUUACAGACCCCAGAACAAAAUACACAGCAAUUAAGAAUGGAGGGAUUUUCAGAAGUCAAACAAAGUAUUAGAUGUGGGAAAAUACCACCAUGUAUGUUUGUUUCCUUGUUUACUUAUACUAUGUUAUGGUGUGUCUUCAGUGUGGCCUCAAUGUGGGGGGGGGCAGGGAUAAAUAUAUAUAUGCUUUUUAUGUGUGUAUGAAAAAAAUAUAUAAUUUGUAUUAUAUUAUUAUGUAAGUAAUUUUAAAAGUUUAUCUAAAAAUAUGAAAUCAGUUAAAUGCUUAUCUACAAAUAUUAAAUUGUCCUUUUUAAACCCGGCCCUUAUAAUACCAGUGUUCAUUUUUCCCCACUUACAAUCUGCAUCAGCUUUAUGUCAACCAAGUAACCCUAACCAAUUCUACUGUUUUGUGUUUGAGUAAUUGCAGAGAAUUUCACUGGCUGGGUCUGAAAUGAAGAAACUAUAGUUGUUUCUUACAUAAUGCUGUAGGUCAGUAGUAGGCAAUCCUUGGCACUCCUGAUGUUGUGCACUACAGCUCCCCAGGUGCUUCGCCAGCAUUAUGGGAGAUGCCGUCCACAACAUCUGGAGUGCCAGAGUUUGCCUACCUCUACUGUAAGCAUUUACAGGGACUGUAUCGUGGCAUCUGUGAGUUACUUUUAGCGCUUUAGCCAUGAUUCUAAGAAAUGGAAAUAUAGACAAGUCUUUUUGAUUUCUUGCAAUGUCAAAGUCCAGGUAAUAAUAAAAAAAAGUUCCAACAGCAUAUAUGUCCCAUUGUUUGGAAGGAGCCUGGUUUUUGUCAGUGUCCACACUUGUCAGGUCAUUUUCACUACUAUCAUUUGAUUUCAGAUUGUGACAUGUGAAUGCUUUCAGACGUACAAGACAGGGUUUGAUUAAUGCAGAGUCUAUUUAGGGCAGAAUAUAUUGUAUGUAUUAAACAUUGUCUCUGAAAGGUUAGCGAGCCUCAUUGUUAGUUGAAUCAGGAGAUUACAUCGCCAAUGAGUUAGUGAGAUGUACUUUAAAUGUACACAAGGUACAUUUUAAAAGGUUUAGAGCAGGUCACCAGCUCAUCCUGGCAUAAGAUAUCACAUGGAGAUGGCAGAAUAUAUUGUGUUUCCAAAACAAGUUGUUUCUCUGCAAGUUAUAUUAAGUGAGUGUAAAACAUUAACAAGGAAAAAAUGUCAAAUAUUGCCUGCCAUAGGUGAAGGAGUACUUGUAAUGUGACUUUGUUUUCUCUUCCUGUCGCAGGCUCCAUCGAUGAGGGCGUUGGUGAAGGAAUGCCAACACUUCAGGGUGCCACAAGCGCCAAUGUCCACGCUGAUGAUGAUGAUCGGUAUGGCUUUACAAGGAGCACAUUUUGUACAUCUUGCUUUUUUUGAAUCUUAUUUUUACAAUGUUCAGAACUUACUAAAUAAAGAAUAUUCACCUUCCUCUGCCGGUGAUGAGCUAUUGGCCAACUUGUGAUGGCUAUUUGGAGGGGAAAAGUUAAAGAGAAAUUCAAGCUUUGUUUAUUUUUUUACUUCUAUAAUAAUAAUUAAUUUUUUUAUUUAUUUAAUUUAAUAUCUCUAUUACAUGUGUUUUAUUUAAACCCCUGUGGUGUUACUUUUAUUUUCCUUGCUUUACGUUGCAAUAAGCUCAUUUGUUACUGUCGUAAAAGCCGCCCCCUGUUAGUUUAGUUCCGCCUUUCUAUAAGUAAAUGGUGAUGCUCAUAGAUUACAUAACAACACAAAAUAAUUUAUUUAAUCUUUGUUUUAGUUUAGUUUUGUAUUCUAUUUCAUAUGUUUAAAUUAUUACAGCAUAUGUGUAAAAUAUUUUUGUUCCUCAAUUGUUAUAUGCCAUAAUUCUUGAGCCUGAAAAAAAGAUGAUAUGUGUUGUGCGAUGUUGCAAACGUCUGCAAGUAAAAUGUGUAAUGCUAACUGACUGUCCAAAAAUAAAGAAGUAAAAAAAAAAAAAAGUAGCCUGCAAAUACUAAGAUGAGGUUCACUUUCACUGCCUGAAACAACCUAUCCAUCUUCGCCCCUCUGCCGAAACACAGUGUGUGGGUUAUUUACAAUUCCACAUUAUAACCACACCAAAAUUCACUUAUUUUCUUGAAUCAAACGAUUAACUGCACUGAGUAGUUUAAAUUGGCCAUUCUGAUUCGAGUCCUGGGUUUCCUUGAGAUCGGAUCACCAACAUUGCUCUUCAUUACACGGGUACGGGAUAUGGAUGGGAGACUUUGUGAGACCGUGUUCUACACUUUUAAAGAGAGGAGAUUUUGUCUGAUGCAAAGGAAAGCGUUCAGUAAGAACUAUAAAAUGUGUAAUUCACUUCCUACAGAGGCUGUAUUGUAAAAUUCAGUAAAUAUCUUUAAAAUAUAUAUAAAUAAAUAUAUAUAUAUAUAUAUAUAUAUAUAUAUAUAUAUAUAUAUAUAUAUAUAUAUAUAUAUAUAUGGCUAAUAUUCAGUGUUUAAAUAACUUGCCACUUUUUUGUGCAAAACUGGAAAUCUCUCCAAAUUGUGUACUUCCUUUGAUUCAGAAACUUGAUCAGAGUCCAGCAACAAAGAAAAACUAUGAAAUUGGACCAUGGUACUAUUAAAGGGGCACUAUAGUCACCAGAACAACUUCAGCUUAUUGUAUUUGUUCUGGUGAGUAGAAUCAUUCUCUUCAUGCAUUUUGCUGUAAACACUGCCUUUACAUUACAGCCUGGUGAUAACUACACAGGCCACUCCUCAGAUGGUAACAAGAGGUGCUUCCUGGUGCAGUGCUGCAUGGAGACACUACAUUUUCCUUAUAGAGAUACAUUGAUUCAAUGAAUCUCUAUGAGGAAAUGCUGAUUGCCAGGGCUGUGUUUUACUUGUGCUGGAUCUGGCCCUGAUCUGCCUCCUUGACAGCCUCAGCCAAUCCUAUGGGGAAGCAGUGUGAUUGGCUCAAGCCACCACUUCUGAUGAUGUCAGCAGACAGCAGGCAGGUCAGCAGCGGAAGACUUGAAUGCAAGUAAGAUUUUACUAUAUUUAGGGUGGCAAGAGGGGCCAAAGGGGGCUAGAUGGUGGUUUUAACACUAUAGGGUCAGAAAUACAUGUUUGUGUUUCUGACCCUAUAGUGCUCCUUUAAACAGAGAUUCUAAGUUUAUACAGAAAGCUGUGUUUUAUGUUUAGUUUACCAGACAAUAGUCAAAAGGUGGGCUUUCUAUUUAAUGGCAAGAUGACAACACAUCUGUUGUUUAGUUCACAAAAACUCAAUCAUCCUCAUUUAUAUUGAAGAAUCAUUACCAGCCUGUAGAGGAACGUAUUUCUCUUCCAGAUGUCACUGGUCACUUUUUAAUGGCUCGAAAUAUGCUAAAAAUGGCAGCAAAUAAAGUUUCAAUGGGUCAUAUAAUUCCUAAAGUCAGGGAGGGGGUAAGAGUGAACGGAUUCUACAACUUUCCUGUUAGCAUUACGUUAGCCGUACAGAGAUUGACGGAAAUUGCUAUAGCACUUUUAAAACGCCUUUAUUUUAGAUAUAUAUACUGUGUAGGCUUUGUACUCAAAUGCAAACAUUCUUUUUACAUUCUGUGAACUGUUCAACUACUAAUACCUUCAGACUCCUUACAAAUAUCUAUAAGGAAGGUAUUUAACCAGUUUUAUUCAUCUUUUUUUUUUUUUUUUUUUUUGUCACACCUACUGUAUGUGAGAAACAUUUAAUUUUUACUUUCAUAUUAACAUUUCAGGAUAUGCAAAAUAUUGCAAGAUAAAGGACACUGGCUAAGACUUUUCAUUUCUUAAACAUUUUUAAAGGCCUGAACAACUGACAGAUUAACUUUAAGGCUUAACACAUUACUCUAGGUAAAGCAUAUAUCAUGAUCAUUAAUAUAUAAUAAUGAGAUACUAAAGGGGCACUAUAGUCACUAGGACAACUACAACUUAAUGUAGUUGUUCUGGUAAGUUUAGUCAGUCCCUGUAGUCAUUUACAUGUAAACUCGGCUUUUUCAGAGAAAAGGCAAUGUUUACAUUACUGCUAAGGGACACCGCCAGUGUCAUUCACUCAGAUGACCACUAGAGAUGCUUCCUGGGUUGUUUAGCACUGAUGUUCAGUGUCUCUUUGCUCUGCACGGAGGCGCUGAGCUUUCCUCAUAGAGAUGCAUUGAUUCAAUGUAUCUCUAUGAGGAGAUGCUGAUUGAUUGCAUAGCGCAGCGUUUGGCUCCCCCAUAGCCUCCCUGGCUGAGAUCAUAAUUAAAGCAUUGGAUUGGCUGAGAUUGUCAAUUCUGAUGAUCUCAGUCAAGGAAAUGGUGGACUUAGCCAGCACUGGGAAAAAAAGGCAAAUUUUACAGCUUUUUAAAGUGGGCGAUGGGAGGGCCGACCACCUAAAUAGUGUUUUUUACAAACAUCUAUUCCUGACCCUAUAGUGUUUCUUUAAGUUAAAAUAUGUCUCCUAUCCAGCGUUAAGAACACAGACGUCAUGCUGUCUUCAUGUCCACCCAACUCAUCACCCCCUCACAUGCAGCUCUUUUACUUUAUUGUUGUCUGCAUUCUCUAUCAUAUGAAGAGAUUAAGUCAAUACUUAUUUAGAAAGAUUUUAUGUGUAAAAUUGUAUUGCGUUGACCUUUAUUCUCCUUAUAUUCUCUUCCUCUAUAGACUGGAAAAUGUCCAGUAUCCGUACCAGCUAUAUUUGGCUCCCUCAACAAGCAGCACAGAACGACCAAGUCCAAAUGGGCCUGAUCGACCUUUCCAGUGCCCUACGUGUGGUGUACGUUUUACAAGGAUCCAGAACUUGAAGCAGCAUAUGCUCAUUCAUUCUGGUAUGUCCCCAACAUUAGCAACCAGCAUGUGCCAAAUAGGAGAAUAGGCCUCUCCUACUUCAUUUCUAUAUUCCAAAUUGCAACUAUGUGUGCUGUCUGUUUUGCUAGUAUUGCUAGUUUGCUCUCUCUGAACCUUAAUUUUUAGUCCCCUUCUAUUGAGCUCUCUGUUGGGAGAAUCUCUGUUAAAAAAAAGAGUAUUUUGUAGUUUAUUUACCAAGUAAACUAUUGAUGUGUCUUCAUUCUUUUUAUAAUAAUAGCAAGCAGGUAUACAUAUAAAACAUACUGAUUUCAUUUUAAUACAGUGUGGACUUGUAGCUUGAUUGUGAAUUUGCCAGGAUUGAGUCUGUGUGAGAUUCAUUGGAGACUCUUCUCGUAAACACAACUUGAUGGUAACUGCGAAAGAAAUAUCAGAAAGUGGAGAAAUUCAAUUUAAAAUGUUGCUAUGCUAAAAAAAAAAUAACAGUAACCGUAGAUACUUUUUUUUAAAUAAAAAAAUACAUUGAAGCACAAUAUGAAGGACACUCUUCAGCAUCCUCCGCUUCUGAAUUUUUUAAGGUUUACACUUGCCUGUAUGCAUGUCAGAAUGUCCUACAGGGUUUUUAUUUUCUUUAUAAUUUAUCAUGCAUUUCUUCGUAUUAUUAAUGUGUCAAUUACAGGCAUUUAACUUUGUGAUGAAUUUAAGGGACACUAUAAUACCGAUAAAGUAUUUGUUUUGCAUAUAGAUGUUUAGUAGUAUUGUGUAUUAAAUACGUCUUUUUUGUUUGAGAAUGUGUUAAGCAAGCUUUCUACUUUCUUAAGUCAACUAUAGAAUAAGGUCAAACUGUAGUUUUUAUCAUGGAUUUUACAUCAUGCAUUGAGUUACAAAGGAUUUUUUAUACAACAAUGCUUUCUAUUCAAGAUUCCCAACAAGGGCAUUCCAUUGUACAGCGCUAUGGAAUUUGCUGGCGCUAUAUAAAUAAUAAAAUAAUAAUAAUCUGUCAGUGCCAACAAAAUGGAAACCUAUUGUCGUAUAAAGUCCCAGAUGUGGGAUUAUUUGAUCUUUCUCUCAAGUGCACAAUAGUCCCCUAGAAACCAAGGUUAAGAAUCCAAAGUUCAUUUUGUUUCCCCUUCAUGAAUUAUGAAUUAUUGGUGGUUGUGUGGGGGUAGCAUUUUGCUUUACAUCCAUUGUAGAGGUUGAGAUAUAUGUUCAUUCCACUCUCCAAUGCGAAAAAUCUAAAUGUUUUGUAUAAUUUUGUUUUGUGUACUUUUAUUUAGUUUCCCUUCCUUGUGUCUCUCUUCUUUCCAUAGGAAUUAAACCAUUUCAGUGCGACCGCUGUGGGAAAAAAUUCACUCGGGCUUACUCGCUAAAGAUGCAUCGUCUGAAACACGAAGGUAAACGAUGUUUCCGAUGCCAGAUAUGUAGCGCCACAUUCACUUCCUUCGGGGAAUACAAACACCACAUGCGGGUUUCCCGGCACAUUAUCCGCAAGCCUCGGAUUUACGAGUGCAAAACAUGCGGCGCCAUGUUCACCAACUCUGGAAAUUUAAUCGUGCACCUGAGGAGCCUGAACCACGAAGCGUCAGAGCUAGCAAACUACUUCCAGAGCAGGUGAGGUGCCCAGCAAGAUGGCGGCAGCGAAUCUGAGCCCGCUGCUGGGAACAGCUAUACUUAGAUUAUAAAUUUAAUAAAACGAUACAUACUAUUUUCACAUCCUUCAAGUUAAUAGGUCUCUUUACAUUUCUAGUAAAAAAAAAACCAAAUCACAAUAAACCCUGUCAGUCUCACACAAUAUUCAUAAUUUAGCUGUUAGGCAUCAAUGGGAGCAAGGCAAACAAAGUGUGUGCAGGUGGCAGACUAAAUUCAAAUAGAAAACAACACUACAUGUCCAAUAAUGUACUGCGUUAAAAAGCAUUAUUUUAGUAACACAUGUUUAAAAAAUAACUUUGGUUAGAUUAAUAGUAAAGAUGUCAGAAAUAUUAUUUAUCUGUUUAUUUCUGAUUAAGUAAAUUGCUUUCACAAUGCAAUAUACCAACAACAUUGCUGAUAGUAAGGAGUACAUUGGGGUUUUAUCUUACAAACACUGCUGGAGCUAUCAGUCAGAACAUUCUUUUGGAUUCCUUGUUUAUUGCUCAGAAUUUCCCUGUAUGAAUAGUCCCCAAGUUUUGUUGCUAUAGUUCCGUCAGGUAGCCAUGCACAUGUGAAUUUCCUUGGGGUUCUUUAAAAUGUCACAUGUUUACUGGGAGUUUAGCCAUGGGAGGGUGGGACUCGCUCAUAUAACUAGCAAAUGUAUCUUAAAGAGAUACUCUGCACUAUAACUACUACAAUUUACUAUAGUGGUUAUAAUGCAAGGAGCUAGUCGGCAGGAGCUCAUCCAACGCCUGACUAUUCUACUAAAGCUGUCCAGACUUAAGUGGCAAUGGUAAACUGCAGGUGUUGGGGUAACCAGCCCUUGGCCAGCUGCCUCUCUCUGCCAUCCAAAGCUUUAAAGGAAAACUGUCAAAUCUUUAAUUCUCAUAUUUUUAAAGUGUAUUACAUUUAAUGAAUUAUACUGUUUUUUUGAUUGGGGGGGUUCACAUUUUAUUUGGCUAAGCAGCCAUGUUGGGUCAGACUCUACUGUUAUCUAACAAACUGUUGCUCAACCUAACUCGAUAACUGCAGUUAGAGGAGAAUGGUGUGCAUUAUCGUUCUUUUGCAAACCUGUAAACAUGACUCACAGACUGAUUUUGUGAACUUGGAACAGCAGUUGUAAUAUUGAUUCAAAAGCUUCAAAGUUUAUUUUAGAUCCAAUAAUCGUAACUCAUUUCCUGCCUGAACAGUCCACCGCAGAGCCUCACACACCACUUGGGAUUAUGAAACAGGUUUACUCCAAUUAUUUUAGAAGCUUUUUUUAUUGUUUUAUUGUAGAAUAGCUGAACAAAUGUCUGCAACUGUUUUGUGCCCAGAAGGGAAUGCGCUGGACACAGAGGGCUGGCUCUUGCCGGGCAUUCUUUAUUGGUUAGUUCAUCAUGACAGAAUGACAUACGCACCCUGAACAUUCCUUUCGCAUUCCCAGCACUUAGAAGACAUACUGUCCUCGCAGUCAUUUUACAAGUAAAAUAUAAUUUUGUUCUGGGGUUUGUCACAUUUUCAAGUUUAAUGUAACUUGGUUGGCCACAUUAUUUACUGGCAAACCAAAUUACAUUUUUGACCUUGUUUUUCCCUCUUGUGUUUUAACGUUGUGUAAAUAAACUCACUAUAAAGGGCUUUGGCAGGCAAUCUCCAGCUAAAUGCGUUUUUUGAUUUAACUAGUUCAUCACUGGAGAGGAGGGCACAAUUAAUAGUGUAUGGUUGCUUUGCUUAUCUGCUAAGCUGUUUUGUGAAAUAACGUACAGCCAGUAACAAUGAGUAUACAUUUAUUAUUAUUACUAUUCAUUUACAUGUCCAAUGUGCAGCAUAUGAGUUCUUUAAUGCCUUCAAUAUUUAAUGUCACCCCGCCACCCCUAAACCCAAUCCAAAUGCUCAUUUGAGGGUGUAAGCAUUUGGAACGGUCUUCUGGCCAUUUGUUGAUUUUCUUGCUAGCAAAUAAUAUAUACAUCAUAUGUGUGUCCCCUGGCACUAUAGAUGAUCUCACUGUGUUUAAGGGUCACAUGGCUACCUGGUCACAUCUCAAUUCCUUAAGCUUAUAUCAUUAAAUCAGUUUACCUCUCUGAAUAGCAAACCGUGUGUUGUUUGAAUUGUGAGAAACACUGACGAUGUAGUGCUGUGAGAAGUGCGGUUUUAUGUGAGCAAAAGAGUUGGUAACUGUAAUAGCACUGUCUUCCUCAUUUGACAUUGUGAAGUCCAAGGUAGGAGUUUUGUUAUAUUUUGCAUAACAAUGUGUCACUGAACUAAUGUUAAACUUAAACAAUGGGUCACCACACUAAUGUUAAACUUAAACAAUGGGUCACCACACUAAUGCUUCGUACACAAUCUAGAGCCACUGAUUUAGAUACCUAUGAUAAUGAAGGGUACCAAUCAGCAAUUUAAAUAUUAAUUCAAAUGAUUUCAGGUAAUUGUCCUAUUUUAGGAAUUACAGAUUUUAGACCAAAAUUUGGUGGAAAUGUUUUCAGUUUGAUUGUUUUGACCGAAAAUUUUAAACACUUUCUUAAAUUCCAAACUAUUCUCAGUUUUUUUGUUUUGUUUUUUAAAUAUUCUAAUACUUUGUUUUAUAGACAUUUCUUUCCCUUUAAAUUAUGAUCACCAGCUACUUUGUAGCCCUAUAUAUUAAUUUAGUUUCACAGGUUGAAAAUAGACAGAAUUAACCGUCCACACAUCUCGUUCCCAAUAUUAUCACAAAUUGAAGUGAUUUCCAAUUGUGCUCCAAAACAAUCGAGAACAUUCCGAACUCCAAAAAGGUCUGAUGAAUGAGCCGUCGCAACUUUGCAUUAACUACAACAAAGUCACUGAAGGAUGUUAAUGACCAAAUAUUUUAUAAAUGUGUAAUUAGAUCAGAGGUUAAUUCAGUUUUGUUUUUUCACUUAGGUAACUGGCAGUUUUGUAUUGUUACAGUCCCAUAAAUGUGAUCCGCCGCCUCUUUUUUGUUUUUUUUGUGGUCAUUGUAAAUCAAUACAGUUCAUGGGUAUCUUAAUCUGUAAAACACAAAACUCAAUGUCAGGUUAGAGAUGCUCAUACAGGGGACGUUAUUAUAGCUACUCUGGUAAGUGACUUAAUAUCUGACAACUUUGCAGUGACUCCCUUUAUAAAUAUCACAUUUUAUAAACAGAUCCAACCACCGACCCGUAACUCACUGAGAACAUCCCUGCUGUUAUAAAAAGCUCUACGCACCUAGUUGUGAAAAUACAAACUCUCACUAUGGGGACCAAAUGACAACUCCCAGUUAAGUGAAUAUGCCACAGAAAUAAUGCGGCUGAUUUUUGUUUACUGACCAUCUCCUCCCUCAUUCAUAUUUGAAACAAUAUCUCCUCCUUCCCCAGGCCACUUUUCUUAAUUUAUCAUAGCUUGCCUAUAAGUCAGCCAAGUCCAAGCUGACAUCAUCCAUGAACCCCUUUUUCAAGCAGCGGGUAAUUCAGCUGUGAGUUUACCACAGGUUUAUAGUUGUCCAUUGUUCCGAUGAAAUCCAAGAGAUUUCUGUUUGUGUCUAACAUCCUUCAAAGAGGUGAUGUAUUAAACAGUGAUCAUUGCAGUUACCUUCUGAGGUUUUAUAGAGAGGAAUUAUUUAUUUGAGAUCGUAUAACAGCAAGGUUGUGUGUUCUUCAAACAGACUCUGGUGAUUUAUUUCUGUGUUAGAGUGUUUAUCGUAUUUAGAGUAAAAGAAACAUAGAUUUACAGAUUUUAUUUUGAUACUGCUUUCAUUAUUUCCAAGUCUGUUAGGUUCCAUAGACCAUAAGUAUGUGUCAGAUUCCAUAUAUAAAGUAAUGGGAUGAAACUGUGCACUUGGCUACGACAGAUGGGCAGAAUGAGAAGCACUAAUGCCCACUGUUGGCACGACCUAGACACACUAAAGAUCAUUACCACUGCAGCUUACUGUAUUAUUACAGCUCAUUGUUUGAGGCUGCAGGAGCCUCCUUAGAUGUUUAAUGCUUUAACCCCUUAAGGACAUGUGACAUGUCAUGAUUCCCUUUUAUUCCAGAAGUUUUGUCCUUAAGGGGUUAAUUUAUUUUAACAUGUAACAAGAGUCUGUGCUGCCAUGCUAAACGGCCACAUUGCCCCCUCCCCACUCUCUCAAAAUCCCAUGUGAAUCUGCAAUAAACGGUCAGUGGGCUGAUAUGACUGCACCAAGAGUACAUUACUGGCACAGAAACAGGGAAAAAUACAUUUAAUGGCUAUAGACUGUGGAGACCAUGUGAUGUGGAAGACGGUGCACUAUUAUAAAAUCUGGGACCUCUUCUAUCAUGAAGAGCAAAAUCAGCCUGAUGUAGAAAUGAAGAGGACUGAUAAGGUGGGAGAGAUGGUAGCCGACAUGGCCUGUAAGAAAUGGUUAGUGACGGAGUAUGAGUGGUAUUCGAUUGAUACAGAACAGCUACAGACUGGAAGAUUGUGAGAAGAGAGGAUUAAGAGGGAUCUGGUAUAGGAAUGGGAGAUAGAUGGAGAGGGUGUAAUUAUAGAGGGAGGCUCAUAUAGAGAGGGUGUAAUUAUAGAGGGAGGCUCAUAUAGAGAGGGUGUAAUUAUAGAGGGGAGCUCAUAUAGAGAGGGUGUAAUUAUAGAGGGGCGCUCAUAUAGAGAGGGUGUAAUUAUAGAGGGAUGAUCAUAUAGAGAGGGUGUAAUUAUAAAGGGAUGCUCAUAUAGAGAGGGCGUAAUUAUAGAGGGGCUUUCAUAUAGAGAGGGUGUAAUUAUAGAGGGAUGAUCAUAUAGAGAGGGUGUAAUUAUAGAGGGAGGCUCAUAUAGAGAGGGUGUAAUUAUAGAGGGGCUUUCAUAUAGAGAGGGUGUAAUUAUAGAGGGAUGAUCAUAUAGAGAGGGUGUAAUUAUAGAGGGAGGCUCAUAUAGAGAGGGUGUAAUUAUAGAGGGGCUCAUAUAGAGAGGGUGUAAUUAUAGAGGCUCAUAUAGAGAGGGUGUAAUUAUAGAGGGAGGCUCAUAUAGAGAGGGUGUAAUUAUAGAGGGAUGCUCAUAUAGAGAGGGUGUAAUUAUAGAGGGAUGCUCAUAUAGAGAGGGUGUAAUUAUAGAGGGAGGCUCAUAUAGAGAGGGUGUAAUUAUAGAGGGAGGCUCAUAUAGAGAGGGUGUAAUUAUAGAGGGAUGCUCAUAUAGAGAGGGUGUAAUUAUAGAGGGAUGCUCAUAUAGAGAGGGUGUAAUUAUAGAGGGAGGCUCAUAUAGAGAGGGUGUAAUUAUAGAGGGAGGCUCAUAUAGAGAGGGUGUAAUUAUAGAGGGAUGCUCAUAUAGAGAGGGUGUAAUUAUAGAGGGAUGCUCAUAUAGAGAGGGUGUAAUUAUAGAGGGAGGCUCAUAUAGAGAGGGUGUAAUUAUAGAGGGAGGCUCAUAUAGAGAGGGUGUAAUUAUAGAGGGAUGCUCAUAUAGAGAGGGUGUAAUUAUAUGGAGAGGUCAAUGAGAGCUUUAUAAUCUGGAUGAGGGCAGGAAAGAGAAGAUAUAAAACAGGACAAGUGAAACCUUUAUGAGAGCUGGCAACAAACUAACGGAAAGGAAAAAAAACGAACUGAGCUGUAGAGAAAGUGACAGGUAAAAGGUCUGAGCACUUUUAGUUCCGAUUUUUUAUUUUGACAGAAGAUUUAACACUAGAACCUGGGCUUUUGGUCAGGAAUGCUGAAACCUGCUUGAAGGACUGACCUCGAAUUUGUGCAUCUACCAGCAAGCUGUGUCUCGAGGAACAGUACCAUUUAGAAAUUAAUUUUACUAUAUUGUCCCAAACACUACCUCUAAAAUAUUGUUCUUUGUUGUAAUAAGAUCUGUGAUCUAAUUUUACUUUGCUCUUGUCAGUAACGUGCAACCAGCCAUGAAAGUCAUUUGCUGGUUUAUGUUAAUUUCUUUCAUAGUGAUAACAUCUUUGGGGGAUCGUUGUUCCAAGAUUCGAUUUAUAUUUCCAGUUGGCUAGUUUCUUGGUUACAGCAUGUGGUUUAUUUGCACUUCCAUAUUGAAAUAGACCACUUCGGAUGUGUAUGGCUAAUGUAAAGCAUUCUGCUCAACAAUACAGUGGUUAAAGGACAUUUAUGUCAGUAUAUUCGCUGUUAUUAAAAGGAUCUAGGGACAUCAUUUAAAGGGUGCUAGUGGAUUAGGAGUAAAUGGUUUACAGCAAUUCUUUCACAUUAUUUUAGUUGUUUCCCACUAGUUGUUACAAACACAUGCCCUAGGCAAUAGCCUAAAAUAAAUCAUUUCACAUAGCAUCGCUACUUCCCCAGGGGACUGAACACCUCUUUCACAAUGGGUAAAUGUAUUUAGUUUUUAAAGGGAAACUAUAGUCACCUGAACAACUUUAGCUUAAUGAAGCAGUUUUGGUGUAUAGAACAUACCCCUGCUGCCUCACUGCUCAAUCCUCUUGCCAUUUAGGAGUUAAAUCCCUUUGUUUAUGAACCCUAGUCACACCUCCUGCAUGUGACUUGCACAGCCUUCCAUAAACACUUCCUGUAAAGAGAGCCCUAUUUAGGCUUUCUUUAUUGCAAGUUCUGUUUAAUUAAGAUUUUCUUAUCCCCCUGCUAUGUUAAUAGCUUGCUAGACCCUGCAAGAGCCUCCUGUAUGUGGUUAAAGUUCAAUUUAGAGAUUGAGAUACAAUUAUUUAAGGUAAAUUACAUCUGUUUGAAAGUGAAACCAUUUUUUUUUUCAUGCAGGCUCUGUCAAUCAUAGCCAGGGGAGGUGUGGCUAGGGCUGUAUAAACAGAAACAAAGUGAUUUAACUCCUAAAUGACAGUGAAUUGAGCAGUGAAAUUGCAGGGGAAUGAUCUAUAGACUAAAACUGCUUUAUUUAGCUAAAGUAAUUUAGGUGACUAUAGUGUUCCUUUAAUAUCCUUAUUUAAUUGGUUUAUUUGCCCGUGCCAUGAACAUAAUUUGUGGUCACAUUUUAUAUUAUUGCAGUACUUUUUAAAAGGUGUCAGAUUGAACAGCUAUGAGCUUCAGGGGUGGUAUAUUUUUUUAAAGGGUGCUGUAAAAGUGCUCAUUUUAAUAUGGUUGCAGUGUUUUAUUGUAAUCUUUAAAUUAUCUAUUAUUUUCCUAUUAUUCUUAUUUUGCUCUCAUUGUAGGCAAAAGGUCUUCUAUUUCCAUUUGUAAAACCCAUUUACAGUUUGGGUUCUACAACAUUGCAAAUGUUAUCAGUCAAUACAACCACAUAUUUCUCAAGUGUCAUUUUAAAGUGCAUGAAAUGGAUCCAUUACAGCCAUCUAGCUUUUAUUAUGUUAUUAUUUAUAUAGCGCCAACAAAUUCCACUGCGCUUUACAAUGGGUGGACGAACAGACAUGUAGUAGUAACCAGACACGUUUGACACACAAUAACAGAGGGAUUGAGUGCCCUGCUCAAUGAGCUUACAUACUAGAGGGCAAAAGGUAAGGAUAGUAUUAGACUAAUGACAGUUGCUUAUCAAUCAUUGCAGAACUACUACAACUCCAGUGAUGCUCAGCCAGGCACAGACACAGUCCUUUUCUUUAAAGGUGAUUGCCAAGCAUGAUCAUACCUGUUGUUCCACCAGAUCUAGAUAGCUGCCUGGUGUUUGUCAUUCAGUAAGACCCUGCUCUCCUGGAGUCUUUACUGAACCCAGCAGGGGCCCAGCAGCUGAGAACUUGUCAAUAUCAAUGUUAGGUCUACUCUAGCAGUAAGGUUUGGCUGAAAAUUAGGAUUUGUUUGAAAUUAAAUACAACAAAGCACCUUCUCUUAUUUGUUCACUAGUCACUAUAUUGUUAUUAGCAGAGUUCUGUCAAGUUCAUUAAAUUGUUAGUAGCUAUCUCUUCUAGACUUUUAUAAGUUAUUUCCUGUAAAUAACUGUAAGAGGUAGGCUAUGUCCAGUAGACCUUUCUCAAGCAGAGCUAUAUCUGUCCUUUAUCCUGCCUAAUUUGGACAAUCUGAAAUCAAGGCAUAUAGUAAGAUUUCCAAGUGUUCACAGGGGCCAACAAACCUAUUUCUAUCACCUUCCGGUGCAUGCUACUUAUCGCAUUGGCCUAACUGGCAAAGCAUUAUGGGAGCUGUAGUUUACAAGAACUGUGGAUGUACCUUUUGGUUAUCUCUGAACUUAACAGGAAAGGAAAUGUGCAAUGUAUUGGACUCAAAAAGCAGACAAGUUACUUGGAGACGAUAAAAAACACUCCAAAUUCAACAAUACAUAUGCACUUUAAUUCUUCCAUUUGGAUGACUCCUGGGGUUGUAUGUGAUGUAACAGCCAAAUGAUCCUGUCUCCAUCUAAUUCUGUGUUCAAAGGACCUUGAAAUUGAUGUAAAGUUAGCUUUUCACUUGUUCAAUGCCAUUGGGGCAGCAGUUUUAAAUAACUGUCACAGGAACGUCAUCAUUCUUGUUCUGGGUUAAUGUCUCCUUGUUUGUUGGCAGCUGAGGCUCCACCUUAGGACUAGCAGGUUGGGAGUGUUUUCAAGAUAUGGAUAUCCUUCUGUUGGUUUGCCUCCACGUGCCAUUGGACACAUUGCUGCCGAGGGAGACAUUACUAAAACAAUACUCACUAAUUAAAACCAAAAACAGCAAAAACACUCGAUCCAGGCAGUCUAGAUAAAUACAGCUACUUGUACAAAAUUCUUAAUGGCAGGUCCACAUUAACCCCUUCUGUCACAGUCGCAGACUCACAGUUUUUUUCAAAUUAGAUUGAUUUUGAUGCCUUUGCUGACAGUGAAGGCCACUUUCUGCCACAGAGGGAGUUAAAAGUUCUGUAACAUGGCGGCUGACGUGUUUUCUCUCUCCCUUUGCAGCGAUUUCCUAGUGCCGGAUUACCUGAGCCAGGAGCAGGAAGAGGCCCUUGGGCAGUAUGAGCUGGCAGAACAUAGCUUUGAAAGCAACUCCUCUGUGCAAAUGCCUGUCAUUUCCCAAGUUUCCUCCACGCAGAACUGCGAGAGCACUUUUCCCCUGGGAUCGCUGGGUGGACUGGCCGAGAAAGAGGUGGACGAGGAGGAAAUGGCAGAGCCCUCAAAAUCCAGCUCCAUGGAAGAAACCGACAGAGAUGACACCCCAAAAACGGAGGUGGCUUCCAUUGCUGUGGAAUAGCUGAUACCUGCCCUGCAUCCCCAGACUUCAACCCCUGCGUAAUCUUUGGUUUUGUUUUCUUUCUUUGGAAAGUGCCUGUGUUUUGGUCAAUUUAUAGUUUACUUUAUAUUUUUAUGAGGAAACAAUCUAAGCAACUGAGGACAUUGGCAGAAUGCAAACCAUGUUUUCAUCUCACUAAUGCUAAUAUUCCUGGGAUACGUCACCGCACAUCAGUUGGUUUUCUGGGAACACUGAGUACAUCCCAGAGGUGGGGUUCACAAGCCAAUGGCCGAGCUCCUGGCUAUACCCAAUGGAUCCUUUGGCUGUUACCGUAUUACAGAGGAGCAAGUUCGUGUUAUGUUUUUACCAGUUUGUAAUGAGUUAAUGCUCUUCAUGUGAAAAUAUGCACAUGGCUCACACAAAGCCUUGGAUUGGAAGUAAUGUGAAUGUGUUGCUGUGUGCAGAUGUGUGUGGGGUUUAUACCAAUGUGGGUAAAUACCCUGCAGGCCUUUUCAGCAGAAACACCAUUAGCAUUAUGGUUUAGAGAACAGCAAGCGUUCUGUAAAGGAAGCUGGAAUAGUUAAACUGUCUCCGAAUGACUCUUCAUCGAGGCAUUAAAGGGGAUCUGUCCCAUUUCUAGAUUUUUGUUUUCCAGAGAAUUCAGCAUUAUUCAUUUAUGUAACAAGCAUAUGUAUGUAAAAAGGAAUACUUCUGGCUGAACCAGGAUAAUUCUGUUCCAGGUGUUCACACUACUUACUUUUCCCAUGAUUUUUUGUUUGUGAAACUCUAAAAGAGGAGACCAGUCUGUUGGAAAUCAUGUGAAACUUAAGUCUAUUUGCAUUAAAUUCCCUGCCUUGCCUUUCCAGAAGGCUGCUGUAGCUUUAAAGUAAAAAUACUUUUACCGAUAUACAAAAAUAACAAAAUCAUUUGUUUAUCAACAAGAGUGACACUUUUUAUAUAUAUAAAAAAAAACACAUCGGUUAUGGGACAAAUCCUUUUUAAUACUUCUGGGUUUUAUUAUUUGAUUUAUAAUUUUUUUGCUUUCUUUCCCUUUUUAUUUACUAUUUUAGUUCCACAGGGGUGAGCACUGCGCAGUCCAUCUCUCUGAUGCUCUGAGGGAUAAUGCUAAAUGGCAGCCUACACUGAAGCAUGGCAUUUUAUGGUGCGCUGGUUAACCCAUUGAAUGCCAAGGGCUGUGUAAAGUGUUUUGCUGCUCACCCCUUUGGUACUCAAAGAGUGGAGUGUUGUGAUUUUUAAUCUAAACGAUUACAUUAUCUUUCUUUUUUCAGCGUUUUAAGCAGCAGUUGUUAGAGGUUAAAUUAUAAUACUAUUAUAAUGCCUCAGAUUCCCUAAGGAACUCUUUGACCAAAAUAUUUCACCAGCAAAAGAGAAAUCUAUCUUAUGUGUCCUUCUUAAUGAAUAGAUUUCUGAUUUAAUAUAUUGUAGUGCAUUUAGCCCCACUGAUAUAUCCCAAGCAUUUGUAAACUUGACUGAUAAAUGCUGCAACAAAGAUGUUUGUAGCACAUUGAUGUAUUUUAGAUAUUACUUUUACAAAUUGUCAACACAAGAGCACAAGAUCCUCAUCAUCAGAAUGGACGAGUGAUACAUAGGAAAUUCUGUGUGUCGAUUAAUCUGCAUUCACUAUUAACCAUGACUAGAGCAUGGGCAACUCCUGUCAUCCUUAUACAGCCUUUAGAGAAAUGCUGGUAAACCCCACUCCUGAUGCUGCAUGCAGAGGGGUGAUAUUGGUUCCCUUAACCUUUCAAUUUGCACAGGGUCAAAGUUUUUAAUUACAGUUUAUGAUUAGGGCUUUAGAAACAAUAAUGGUUAUAUGCAAACUGGUCCCUCUCUUAAAGGGACACUCCACUGCCCAAACGCAAAAUAAAUAAAAUAACUGGUUAGUAGAUAUACCAAUGAAAACAUUUUCAUUGAGGUAUAUCUAAAAACAGUUUGCAAACACUACAGAUCUGUUUCAUGCUGCCUUUAUAAUCCCUACCCUUCAUCCCCACCCAGACUUUCUGUGGCUGUCCAAUCACAGGCUUCCCAAUGCAGCUCAAUGAGAAGUCUUUGCAAGGCAGGUGCUCUGGGCAAUUGCUGCCUCUUGAAUUUAUUUUCACCGAGCUAAAAAAACAAGAAGUAAAGGGGAGUUACAAGGUUCAUUUAUAAAACUGACAUUUACCAUUAAAAUCUGUGCUUUUCGGAAAAUGAAAUUAGGACACGCUUUUCACACAUCAAACAUUUCAGCAAGCUAAAGCACUUCAAGUGUUUGGAGGGUCCCUUGAAAGGGACACUCCAGAUCCCCAAAGCACUUCAGCUUGUUGAAAUGCUUGAUGUGUGAAGAGUGUGUCUUAUUUUUAUUUUAGAAAAAGCACAGGUUUCAAAAUAUGCUCAUUUAUGAGUGGCUGUCAAUCAUACAACCGAUUCUGUUAUUUCCUGCUUGCUUAAGCCCAGAGCACCUGCCUUGCAAAGACUUCUCAUCCAGUUGCAUUUAAAAGUCUGUGAUUGGACACCCACAGAAAGUCUGGAUGGGAUAAUAAUGGGAGGGUUUGCAAAAGCUGCAUGCGAGAUCUUCAGCUUUUACAAACUGUUUAUAGAUCUAGCCCAAUAAAAAAAAAUACAAAAUGAAAUGCUUGCUUGAUAUCGUUGGGGUAUAUCUACUAAAAAGUGAUUUUUCUUUAUUAUUGUAUUUAGAGUGUCCCUUUAAGGAAAUAUGCCCUUUUUGCAGCUGAAUGUUGUCAGCUUGUAGUGUUGGUGGGAGGAAGGGGGGUAUCUUUAAUUAGUUUUUAAUCCCAUAGUUUGUUUUGAUAUUUUUCCCAAAACUACAGUAAUUUUUCCAAAACAAAAUUACUUAAGAAUCUCUGAUUUUGCCUUUUAAGGAGGCAGAUGUAAUAUCUGAGUUAAAUCAUAUCUAAAUAUAUAAAACAAAGCCUUAUGUAAAAAUAUAGCUAUUUUUAUUUGUUGAAUUCAAAUAAUGUGUUAAUCACAAAGAGUGACAGAUCAAAUCUGAAAAUUACCAAGUUUAAGUUGGUGAUCACUGUGUGUUUAAAAUGAAAAGCUAUCACAAGUGGUUUGGUUAUAAGCCAUUAUAAAUAAAGAAUAUUGCCAUAUGGUUACAGCACUUAGUAAAUCUAACAGUAUAGAGAGAAUAUCACUGCAAACGAACAACAUACAAUAGCACACACAUCUGCAAAACAAACUAGCUCAGUAUCCAAUAAACACACCAUACAUGUGUAUAUAUAGCAUUUCCAAACAAAUCAUUGCUUCACAUCAAGUGCCUGCAGUGAUUGUUGUCAGACAAAAUCUCGUUAAUCUUUCCAACUCUGUAGGUUUAGCAAUUAUGGCGAAUAUUAUUAGAGAAAAUAAGAAUCAAAACAGGCUUUUACAUUAAAUAGGCACUUAAAGUAGAAAACAAAAUCCACUCUAAAUACAUGUCUCACAAAGGUUGGAAGUAGAAUUAAAUAAACCCCAUGGUAUCCAGAGAAUAUUUAUAUAUAUAUAUAUAUAUAUAUAUAUAUAUAUAUAUAUAUAUAUAUUCCCUGUUCUCAAACUGUUGCAUUUAUAGCCAGAACUAAAAUAAUGCCUUUGUCAGUGCCCAUUAUUAAUGUUUUUAUAGAGCCCAUACCCAGAAUAUGCCCUUUUCCGAUGGCAGCGCUGUAUGUAUGGACCAUUGAGGUCUGUUUAUCACUGAGUAAAAACAUAAAGAAACUAUUUGAGCCAAAUAAAAAUAUCAAUAGAAUAUUCUUCUCUCAGUUCAGAGUAGCUUUUCUUGGAAGUAUUUCUGUUAUUAGAUUUGUCGUGUUUUCUCCUUUAUCUUUCAUAAGGGAUCAGUAGUACAUACGUUCAGUAUCGGUAUAAGAAAAACUAAAGAAUUUAAUGUGAUCUGCUAAAUCACUUUUAUCCAACUAGAUUUGGCUCUCCAUUCUUGUACUGUCUGGGGCAGGCUGGUAAUUUUGUACAAUCUACUAGAAGACGUAACUGAUUUAAUAUGGUCUGGGCCUUAGCCUCCCCCACCAACCUGCUAAAAGCAUUGGCAGGCACGGAUGUAAAUCAUGAAAUUUUCAAAGUAUAAACAUGUCAGUGGUAAAUAUGACAGACCUCUCAUACUAAAACUGAAAUAAUAACCAGGUUUUUAUGCGAAUCCAUCAGCAGUGCGUGUGUGCGAAAUACUGGGGAAUCCUGUACGUUACGGCCUCAUAAUCUCUGAGAUUCUUUCUAUAAACCAGAAAUUAUGAAGAAUUGCAAACUCAAGCCAUAGAAUUUGCAAUCUGCUUGUCGAUGCCCUAGAGUUCCCUAUACACAUUUAGAAUGUAAAAAGAAAAUGUGUAUUUUAUUUUUUUGCAUUAUAGAAUUCCAGCAUUCUUAAUUGUUAGUUCCCAUAUUUAUGCCUUAUUAAAGGAACACUAUAGAGGUAGGAAUACAAGCAUGUAUUUCUAACACUAUUGUGUUCUGCCACCUCUAUAGGUGUGUUUCCCGCCUCUAUGAGCAGGUUUUGAUCUGUAACCAAGUUUUAACUCCAUUAUAGCAUAGGAAGCGCCAGGAAGACAGCCAUUAGCGGUGUAUUAAACUCUAAUAUAAAAAUUGUCGCACCAAACUAAUAACAAUGUAUUACAUUGGACUAAGACCAUUUCAUUGAGAUGAAGUGGUCUGGGUGCCUUUAGUUUCCCUUCAAAUAAACUUAAAUAGCAUCUCUCAGAAGACGAUAGUAAUGGCUUUGCUGUUAGUAAAGUGUCUAUGCAGUGUUUCCAGACUGGAAACCUCAUAGACUAGGCCACUUAUUAUUUACAUCCGGCCUUGACUUUGCAUUUUCACAUCCCAGCUGUAUUACACAGCUUGUAAGCCAUAAUACAGACCGGAUUCAUACACCUACUUUCUCCAGCACAAACCCCUGUUAGCCAGCUUGCUAUGAUCAGUACAGGUCACUCCUAGAGAGAGUCUAGUGUUUUACUUAAUUUAUGAUGUCAGAAAUUAGCAUGUUUUUAUUUAUUUUUUAUAAUCUUAUUAGACAGUGGAGUUAUACCGCUCUGAUUCUUCCAUAUAGUAAUGUUAUUUUGAAAUAGUUUAAAUUCUAGCCCACUUUUUCUUCAAUCAAUAUUUCAGUGGAGAUCAUGAAUCUAACAGAAAUAUGCUUUUUUAUUUUAAACACAUUCUGAAGGGACUGAGUGUUUCUAGAAUUUGCUGCUCAUGAAAGUAACAUUUUCCAAAUUGAUUAAGGAGUCUGGGAGCCGAUUUGGCUGAUAAGGAAUAAAUGACAUAAGCAGCAGGCCCAAAAUCCAGUGAGUUAACCAGCAAAGCAAAACAUGCUUAGCAAGGGUAAUAUUGGGAACUUGUCAGGUUAGUGUACAUUUUGUUUAUUAAAGAUUAGAAUGUUCAUCAAAUGAAUUAGUCCUUUUUUUUUUAUUUCUUUUUUUUUUUACUUUUUAAGAAGCCUAAAAAUGCAGAGAGAUAAUGACCUGAAUACUUGUUUUUCUUACCAAACCAUGUAUUACACUACAGAAAGUAUAUACGGAUUAUUCUGAGAAGAUAGUGUCAAAUAUUUUCAUAAAGUAUUUUUUUUUUCUUUUUGUAUCAUUGUUAUUUUAAAUUUAAAAAAAAUGUAAGGCACUGUUCAUAAUCAAUAUAAAGAAUGUAGUAUUUGCUUAAAUCAUACCAAGUUCCUUACCUACCCAGAAUUGCAAUGCAGUUACCGUACAUUCAAUAUAGGUGUGUAUUUUGGAACUCAGUAGUUACCUCUCUUCAUCUAUGCCCAGAGUGCAUUCAGAUUAGCAAAGUAAAGCAGGUCUCACAGAAAUUAAAUUUAAAGACUUAAUUAAAAGAUCUUAAUAUCACUGAUAAUAGCAGUGGUUUUCCUUUUUGUAGUCCAUUUUAAUCUCUUUAUAUGGUGUCCCAGAGUCAUUGAUUCAUUAGAACAAUUGAAGUGCAAUAUUUGUGCUGCAGAAUUUUUAACAUUUUUAAAGGGGUAAGCAUUUUUAAGCUGCAAUUGUUCACUGUUACGAUUGUUCUCUGGUUUAAUGUCAGUUCAUGCCAUUGAGGCCACCCUUUCGUGGACUUGAGGAUCUGAAGGGCAGAGACAAAGGGACAGUGUUAGGAAUACAGUUUUAUAUUUCUAACACUAUAGUGUUCCUUUAAAUGUCUAAGAGCACUGGGCUAUCCCACCUCAGCGCCCUUAGCCUGUCAACACUUUCCAUUUUGGUCAACAUUAACACAGAUAGUGCAGAAGUGAUAUUCUUCAUUAUAAAUAUGGCAAGCAUGAGAGUGAUCAUAUUGCCAAGAAGAUCCUCGGUUUAUGAUAGAUCAUUUUUAAACGGUUUGACAUUAAACAGCGUGAUGGCAACACAAUCACUAUAGUGGCUACAUUACUUAGAGUGCCCAUUUAAUCUAAAUAUUGUAAUUUACUGGAAUCUUCAUUGUGGAAGGUUUGCACCAGUUAUUUUUAUUUAGAUAUUUUCAUUCUUACCUCUGAUUUUGUUUCUUUUUUAGUGUUUUUAUCAAAACAAGUACAUAUUUCAAAUGUUUAUUCACGUAAGUGAGCAUUCAAAGUAAUUUUAAAAUAUAAGAUUAGAUUAGCCAAAGUGGAAAAAUUCUCAUCUAUGCUUUCACUUUGAAAUCUACUUUGAAUUCUCACUUUAGUUAAAUAACUCUGUGAGAAUAAAAUGCACCUUUCUUAUUAUUAUCUUCACAGAAAUCACCUGUUUCAGUGCAGUAGGGAUAGUGGCUACCUUUAGGUUAAGAAAGUAAUCUUUUCUGUCUUUUUCUUGUCUGAGCAUCAUGGGGGAGGUAGUCAACAAAGACCGCGCCAGGUUUGCUAUGAGUGAGUUCGCCUAUGGCUUUUUCAAAUAGGAUACAAAGAAAUCACUUGAAUCAAUUUCAUACACUAACAAGACCUUUAUUGAAGGGAAAUUCUCGUAUUCUGCACAUCAGUUGUUUAGGUCAGUGAUCAUUAAGAUUUGUAAUAAUUCAUUACUUACGAGCCCUCGUUCUGCUUAGAAAUUACAAUCUUGUGAGCAAGCAUUGUCACUUUCACGGUUCCUUUGCAGGUUAGGGCUCUUAAGGUAUACAAAUCUCUUACACUGUUAUAAAUAGGAUUGUAUAAAAAUGUGCUAUUGGUCUUCUGUGCAUUGUAUGUUCAGACCUACAUAUCCGCUUCUGUUUGUUUCUACGUAGUGUCUCACUAAUCCCACCGCCACUCCCACCAGAAAACAGCCAAGCAUUCUGCCUUUGUGCUGUAUGCACACAGCACCUUGAGGUGAGAGGGCUCCCCCAGCACAUGGCAAUGCGGGGUGUCCUUAACCUCCUGCUUUAGAAUGGGAGGCUUCACGCUAGCCAAUCCUCAAACUCUUUGUGAACUAUUCUAUGAUAAAUGAAUCCAAUCAGUUGUUGCAUUUUCCUGAUGUCUCUGAAGUCAUUUAAAACUCAUAGCAUGUAUAUUAACUUGUUGGCUAAGAUAGCUUUCUUUUGUUUAAAUGUGUAUAAUGUUUAAAAGGAAAAAAAAACACAAAAGAAAACACAUUUUAUAUACUUGUAUCUGGCUUUUAACAUUUUUAUAGUACCCCAUUGUUCUUGGUGGCAACAAUAUCUAUUUUUGUGCCCAUUUUUGGAAACCAAGUGCCGUUUUGGAAACGUUACAAUAAUUUCUACAGUUCGUGUAAUCAAUGUGAAACUCACAGUUGUUUAUUUUCUUGUCCUUUUUUCCUGAUCUCUGUUUUUGAGCCUGUAGCUGUAAGCUUUUGAUGUCUUCAAACGUUUGAUAGGGGUUAAAGCCAAGCUCCAUGUCCCGUGACCAGUGGCCUUUGCUCUCAUAAGGCUGAAAAGUGACACUAAAAAUAUCUAAAAUACAUUUUACUAUUUUCCAUCUAUAAAAAACAAGAUUAAAUGGUUUGACAAAGUAUAUAUAUAUAUUGCUAGAGUCCAUUAAAUGCUAAAAUUAUAUUGAUGACAAGUCUAGAAUACUGAGCAGCAGUUUGCUGUUAAAAGGGCAGUAUUGUAAAUGUACAGGUUAUAUCUGACCCAUUACCUAACUUCAUAGUGAUCAUAUGGAAAUGUACAUUGCUCUGCAAAGAUUAGGGUAUUUACUGCAAUUUUAGUGGAUGUAGAAAUUAAAGUUAGUGGGUUAGUGAAGUGUAAAAUGCUUCAAGAAUUGCAUGUAAACGUACAGGUCAGGAGAAAUCUGUGUCUAACCUCACACCCUACCUGAGUUAUAAAAGGAAAACUGUCUCACCUGCGAUCACAUCCUUAGGGAACACGAUGAGGGUGCUUCGGGUGUGCCAGUUUACCUUUCACUCAAUAUAUGGGGUUUUUGUUAUGUAAGACAAACAUUAAAUUAAAAUCCAGCUGGAUGGCAUCUUUAAGCAGGCAAAUUUAUGAAGAUUAAGCAAAUUGUCCUGAUCUUUACAUUUUACAUCAAUCUGCCAGCACAAUAAAUAAAUUGCAAAUCUUUAACAAUAUCCUGCCACAUUGGCUGCCCUGGAUAUUUACUCUCAUCAUCCUUAAAUCUAUUUCCAUCACCAAAGAAAAAUUGUAAGACUGACUACCAUUUAAUUUUCAUCACGUGAAUAAUUCACUUUUUUGAGUAUAAUUACGAAACUGGAAAUUGGGGAUUAUUGAAAAUGGGACUACAAAUUAUUCGCCAAAAUACCAGAAUUCUUCCAAUUCUGCGAUCUUGGCAUAACGUUCGCAUUUACAUUUACGAUUGUCCACGAUUCGGUGUUUAGUGAAAUAUUCAAUGUUUGUUUCAUACAGCAAACCUUUGUGCACUAAGCCCUAUGCAAUAAAUUAGGAACGGGGCAGUAAUAUGCGUUUGCCUCUUGUCCUUUUUAUCUGGUCCGGGAACAAGCUUGGCUCCUCUUCUACUGUGUAAUGUAUAUACUCUGUAUAGCUACAUUGUAUGAGAUCCCUAGCUUGUUUGAUAUAAGAGAAGUAUGUAUUGGAUACAUUUUCCUAGCCUGGUUGUUUGAUCUGAAAAAAAUAUAAUUGUUUGAAAAUACAGAGGAACACAAGUUCUUAUCUGGUUCUGUUAUAGUCACAUUAAGGACAAAAAGUUAGUUUCGAGUGUCUUUGGAUAGAAACAUGAUGCUAAGAUUUUUCAUUAAAAUAUAUUAUUAUUAAUGUUUUA